AUGUAUUAUACCGAAAAAAGUGACGCGGAAACGCGAUUUGUCAGCAUUCCUGCCGCAUUUUGGUACACCAUUGUAACAAUGACAACCUUGGGGUAAGUUGAUUCGAAAUAUUAUCUGAUGCCUCAUUUGAAUGUUUUACGUGAUCUUUCAACAAUCACUUUAUUGCUCUUGUUUCCCCUUCGCUCAUUAAGUCCGAAACCACAUACGGUUUGUAUGAAAUGUAAUUAGUAAGCACGAUAAAUACGGCGUUUCUUAGCUAAGUAGUGCGCGGAAAAUAAAGAACAUUGGAGGUGUGGAGCUGCAGAUCCGCCGAUUCCCUUAUUGCUUAUCAAACCCCUUAUCUAUGAACAAGGUUGCUAUGCAGCAAAUUAUAUUCGCUAAUAUGGUUUAUAGCUUGUUGUGAGUAAGAAAUAUUUUAGCAUUGUGAUAUAUCGCAGUCUAGGUUAAACCACUGAGUAUUAUAAUGAAAAAAAUUAUAUCUGUUUGCAAACAAAGUUUGAAGAGCACUGGGGUUGUUUUCAUCGCCUAGAAAUGUAGGUGUAUGGUAAAAGCCUUCUUGUAAUUGUUAAAAUGAAAAGUGAGUAUAUUUAUUGUCAGAACGACAGUUGUGGAUAUUACGAAAAGACCAAGUGCCUUAGUCGCAUUCGGGGCUGAUAUAUUAUCAUAACUUUACAUUGACGAAAAUUGUUUACUAACUUCAUUAUUUUGCGGUUAAUGUCCAUACGCUCUUGCCAAAAAAUAAAGCAUGUAAACAAGCCUUUAAAAUUUACCAAAUAAAUCACCUUGGUAUCGUUUAGACAAGUAUCUCAGUAUGUCCUUGCGUAAUUAUUUUUUAAAAAGGAGAAGACAAACGCCCUUAAACUAGGUCGUCAAUGUGGCAAAUGUAUUUGCUAGUAAAAUGGAAUUAGAACUUACCAUCACUGUGAAAUUUGUAGCUGUCUUUUGUUGAACAUGCAUGCAAAUACCACAGAAGUAACAUGUCAGCAACAAAAGACAAGAAAGUCCUACUAUCUGUGAAAUUAUUUCGGUUAAAGAUAAUGACAUUUAGCCAUUUUGCCUUUUGUUUUUACGAGAAUGUAUGCACAAAUCAGUUCGGUGUUUGGAUAAAACGGCAAUUUUGUCGUCAUUGCUAAAAACAAGGACAAAACCGUCAGUAAGGCUUUAUUCCUUCUUGAGGUCUACUGUACUUUAGCUGACGAACCUGACUUUGAUGCAGCAAAAAUGUACAGGCAUAAGGACACGCAAAGUAGUCUUGCAGCCGAGUUGUGGUUUGUGCAAAUACACAGACUACUAUGGACACAGCAGUACUUUUAAAAGAUCACUCACCAAACUGUGGUUUUAAUUACUUUCAACAUUCUUAGUAGGUCAUGUUUUGUUAAUACUACCAGAUGUUCCUCUACAAUGACGUAAUCAGACACACAGAAAUUUUCAAAUAUACAAAAAUACUGGUAUGUGUUCUCGGAACCGGCGUUAUCGUUGUGGCUUUGUGUUCUUUAAGGAAGAACAACAUGAGAUUGCCGUGAUACAAGCAAUGUAAACCAACAAGAACUUGAUUACCAAAGGAACUGUGAGGAAUUGCAACAGCGCGAGCGCAGAUAUCUGGAACACCUAGCGCUUACUAAUUCAACUAGGUUAACUCAACUAUCCGAGAUAGUGAUAAAGAAGCACACGAACAAAAAUUUUGACAUUUGUGAUUAACGCUUAAUGCCUGGUGAUGUACACAUGUAUGCUAUGUUUUUGUCUCCUUCUUAUGAACUGACUUGUUUUUAUCCUUGUUUGUGCUUUUAAAAUUAGAACGUAACUAAGUUUAGAAAGAUGCCACUGAAUUUUCAGACGUCAGAUUGGAAGACGUAGCUAAGUUUUGAACACUGUCUUAUCUGUGCAGAGAUAAACCUGUUCGGAUUCUCUAGCUGCAAGAGCCAACAGCCGCUCAGCCGAAAGUCUGCGUGAAAAGCACAUUAAAUUAAGCAGUCUUUCGGAAUUCGCUUAUUCAUGUAGUUCUCUUAAUUGCUCAUUUUAUUGUUCUUUUAGUAGUUCUUUUUCUGGCUACCAACAGAGAUGUUACUUUUCGAUGAAACUGAACACGGAAUACAUGAACACAUAGCCUAGAUUCUUUGCACACUUUAAUAAUCUGUCGAUUUUAAAUGUUGUUUUCGGCGCAUUUAAAACAAUGGACUAAGUAGUGGUUUUGGCACUUGGCAGAAUUUUGUUGAGCACUACCCUUUUCAAUCAUGAGAAACCAUUACACCAUUUCCUUCAACCCUGAUUAUGUAUUGUGCUUUCUAUUGGUCCAAUUAUGUAAAAGUCUACAACCUCGUCGGAUUCGAAUCCUUAGACAGAAAAGACAAGGCUCUCACCAUCCAAGCCGUGAGGCCUCUUUCAAGAGCCUUGAGUUUUGUAAAUGUUUACCGAAUGGACUAAGUCAAAUCUAUCAAAAAUAUCUGUUUAAGAAGCGCGUUUUGGAAGCAGUUGGUUGAUUUUAGAUUGCUGGGAAAACGUGCCGGGCAGUCAGCUUACGUUGCAGUACUUUUAGCGGACAAUUUAACACACGUGUGCAAAACUGCCAGUUCUCGGUAUGGCCUCACGGCUCUGACUGUCAGUACAUUAACUGCGCUCAAAUUUUGCCCUUCGUGUCUCGAAUUCCGAUCCAGAGAGAGCGAGAGCAAUACGCCCUUCUCUAAAAGUGUAAUUUUGAAGUAUUCAGCGAAAGACUUCUGCAUUUUCUUCAGUCACUGUAGAAAUCAGUACAUAAUACCAUAUUAAAUGGGUUUGCGUAAAUCUCUUAAACUCUUAUAGGAAGAGUUUGAGUCCCCGUUCCUCUAGUUCAGCCUCUUAACACGUCAGUUUUUAUGCUAGAAACCACAGUACGGAACGUUGGUAUGCGAAACAACUUUGCAGCAAUUAAUUCUGGGAGAAUGGUUUGUAUGGCGGCGUCCGGACUACAUUUGCAAAUUACUUGACGAUUGUGAAAUGUCGUUGCACUUUUAUAUGAACUAAAAAACAUAAAAUACGCCAGUAAUAGAACAGAACACUCGAGAAGGCGUUUUUAAGCAAAACAGUAGAAGUAGUAGAAUUUUGGCGAAGAGAAUUUCAACACAAAAGGAGAAGGAGACACUUGAGGACAGAAUAAAACCAAGGUACCAGAAAGGUGAUAUGUCUUUGGGGAAAAUGUCAAAGGAUUCAGGAAUGGGAGAGGGCCAAAUCCAAACAAAUAGUGGACUGAUUUCGAAUUAUUGAGUAGAAGACCAUUUUGCAAUGACUAUGCAGAGACAUGGUUUGAACCAUCCUUCAGACAACGGAGCUUAGUCUGAUUUUUAGAAGAAUGGCCAACGACCACUUGGUCAUCAGUGUGAGUUGCGAAGAAACGCAAGGAUAAGAUGAAUCCUUGAAGAACUUCACAGCCAUGAGGAAAAGUAGUUAAUUUUGACUUGCCAGGUUGGACUCAUUCAGUGUGGAGGGCAAAAUGACCUCUAGUCCAAGAGAGAGUCCAGUCUGAUUGCCGAUUUUUCACAAAUAUUGCGACGGAAUUAUUCAAAUCUUACAAAACGCCUAUGGAGUAUGCUACUUUAUCGUCUGGAAAAUGCACACGUUUUAUCAGGUAACAUGUUAGUACUCCAGAUGUCGAAGAGUGUUCAUGUACCGAGUUGCAAAUCGGCCUGUUUGUAUUCACAAAUUCUUACAUAUUUAGUUAUCUGUCGCAAGUGGUAUAUCAUGGGCUCAAAGACAGUAAAUUGGGUGUUAAGAACAUAAGUAAACAAUUGUCAGGAAUCAAAUUUAUGCUACAAGGGCAAAAUUACACGCUAAAUCCCCAAUGAUUUUAUCCAAGAUAUAUUCGGCAAUUAGGAAAUCUGGCUUGACGUUCCACAGGAAAAAUCAUUUUUUAGGCAACGGUUUUUUUAAGAUUUCUUGUGCCCCUGUAAGGCAAAUGGGUCACAGCGGGAUCAUUCGGAUCAACUGACAAAAACGCCCCUAUAAUAUUAUAGAAAGCAUCUUUUGACGCUGUAAAUUAAUUUGCUUGAUUGGUUUCUCUCCGGGAUCAAGGCCUUUUUAGGUUGCUGUAUUGUUUAGAAAAUACUCAUUUUACUUCGAAAUGUCCAAAGGCGGAGAGAACUUUGGCACCGAGCUGUGCCUUGUCCUACUUAGAUCCACAACACUUUGAGGUACAGUCAAAUGUUGGAAAUCACGUUUAUUUUAGAAGGUGAACUUUACGCGCCAACUUUUUAAAUAAUUCUAUCUGCGAUUAAAACGUGAAGCUUAACGUGACACACAAAAAGGGACUUCUAAAACGACGGUGCUUUUAAUAUUUCUGUACGCUUAUAAGACGCUUAGACUACAGCGCGGACAUUCGGUUCAACUACUGGAAGUGUUUAGAUAGUAUUAAUGAAAAAUAAUUUGUGAUAUAGCAGGUUAACUAAAUUGAACGUUCUUUUCACUGAAUCCAGUUUUCCUCCAGAUUACACGGCGCACAGUUUGAUAUACGGCCAAAGAGAAAUAAUAAAUUUCCGAUCGGAGGUGUCCCUGCCCACCGGAUGCUUAAUUAACUGAACAGUGUCGUUAUUUCAAAAAAAUCCUGCCUAGCAUAGCCUGGAAAAAAUGUGGCCUUUUAAAGCCGAACCGAUGGACGAAAGCACCAAUGUCCUUGAAUUUCGGAGAGACUUACACCCUCACUUGGGGGCGGCGAAUCGCUAAUCCGUUCUGAUAGCAGGAUCUAGCCAACGCAUUUAAUUUAGCGAUGCAUCCGAGGCUUGUGCAUUAGCAAGCGGCGAUAUGAUGACCAGUAAUCAACAGUCGAAAGAAGUCUACAAACAACUGCUGCCUUUGGCAAUUCUGACCGUUUUACGAGCGUUGACUUCACGAGAUAUGAUCAGUACUGACGGAACCCAUUAGUGAGCGCUUAACGCGGCAGUUCGCGCACGGAACUUCAAUUGACCCGUAAGCUGUGUUUUAUGGCUUAAAGAUCAGAAGUAUGCCAGCCCAGUAAGUUCCGAAUAAUGACUGCAGAUCGGACAGGCCUUAGUGACGCCUUAGGAUGCUUAAUUUUUUGUGAUGUACUACAGACCUUUCUUUAGGAAGGGUAUUGAUAGCAAGCUCUUCCUUUGGAAUUUAAAUUCCAUAUUUUCGAGGGACGGCGCAAUAACCAUAUGUCUUGCACAGAGUCGUCAGUAGUCCUUGGGUGGACGUUAUAAAUGAUUUUUCUGAUUUUUUGCGAUAUCAGCCGCGAGCGAAUCCUAGUUUGGCAUUUGAGUCAGUUGCUUUGAGACCACGUCCAAGCGAAACUCACAUGUGGGCAACAUGCCCUAACCAUUCCCAUUGCUACCAUGAAUUUUCCAUGUGAAACAUAAUUGAAACCAACCAAUAUAUUCUGACCGAAACAAGUCACUAACUGCGGAUAUUUGCACCUCAGUUAAACAUAUAAAUAAAUACCAGACAUAAGGAAGUAUAUAAAAAUCGGUCCGUUGCGAAUGUGUAGGUGAGAUUUAAUAUAUACAAUAGAAGAUUAUGAAUAAACGUAUCCCGAACCAACAUUUAGGGGGCGCUACAUAUACGGGCACAAAAUUUGUAUAACAAGUCAUAAAAGGUCAUGUCCUGUGUGUUUAACCCCCAUUUUAGUAAUGCUUUUUUGAAAGUCUAAUAAUAGGCUAUUGACUAGGUCAAAUGCUAGAAAUACGAAAGCCUAUUCAUAAAUGAUUGCACGUAAUAACUUCAGUGCACGAUUGAAGCAAGUUGGAUGUCACACAGUCAAGUUAAAAUAUCCAACCAAGGAUUCUUAAGUUGUCUCGUUGUCUAACCACCUGAAUCGAUAGAUUUUGGUCAUGACUACAGGAAGCACUGAGACAAGACAACACUUACAAUCCCACCCACAUAGUUGUGGGAGCCAGUAAAUGAGAUGAAUAAAGCGUAUUGGUGUCACCUUUCCUCCCAAAGGGGUCUCGUAGUUUUCUAGAGAAAUAAGUACUCACCAUUCUAGAAAAAAUAAUUUCCACUUAUAUAACACUAAGAAGUAUAGGUCACAAUCAUUCCGCAUACCUAUUUUAAUGACUGUGUAGAUUUUGUAAUAUCCAACACUUUUUAUCCACUGAACGCGUCUAGUAUUUCUAACCAGCCGUAUAGUUUAGCGCGAUAUUCAACAACCCUUUGGAGGGUAAAGAGUUAUAUGUGGUAAGCGUAUUUCACAAUUCCUGAAGAUAUUUUCUGAAAAGUCCAGUUGUACACCCUUCAAAUGUAAAUUCUUCAUCUUUUCAUGGCCGAAAAUGCAUCCUCCGCCGUUCUAAUGAUUCAACAGAGGGUGAAUGAGGUGUCACGACGAUAGAUGGGCGGUUGCACCAGGGGGCUCAGUUGCGAUAGCCGAUCAGUUCUGUCCUAGUCCAUCAAUCAUCCCCAUCCAUGUUUUGCUUCACCGACUUGGGUAGCCUGCAUGUCUUGUCACGUGGGCAGUUUGUACACCCAAACGUACGGAAUGGUUCGGUCAUUAGAGGGAAACCAGCCGGGCUGUGACACCAGUGGACGGUGGCUUCAUGGGGGUUUAUAGUCACUGCGCACUCCCCCUUCGCCAGUCGCCUUGAUUUUGUCUUGUCAUUAGUCCCUAAUGUUAUUUGAAAGAGAGCGAGAACUCGACACAGUGCAGGACUCCUGCAAGAUAGUUCAAGCUACGAGUAUGCUCCCUUAAACAUCCAUUUCCAUCUGAUAUGUUGAGGAGAGGGUGACGAAACGUACAUCUGAAGCGGGGUAAAAUGAAGUCAAACAUGCCACCAGGUGCCUUACCACUAAUUAAUUAAAUCCUACAACCGCUGCCUGGAUGUUAGUGAACGAGUUUCUAGGCGUAAAAACGCACAUCGUGCCCUUUGUCAUAAGAUGCCGAUAAGUGCUAAUCCUUCCGCGGAACCCGGCCAUAUUUUCAAGUUUCAGGGGGCUGAAAUCCUUACAAGAGCUGACAACGCGUGAGCCGUGAGCUGAUCAAAUCGUGGUUUUUCUGCCCGCGAUCCAUCAACAAGCGCAAUGACCUCCCAGUACCAUAUUCAUUGUUGAGACAUUCCCUGAGUAGGGAAUCAGGCACGUGGGAGGGCGUGGGUCCUCAACUAUCUUGGCGACAGCGGGCUAGAUUGCCGAGUAACUAUCACUUCAAUAUCUAACAGGGAUGAUGAAAUUACAGUAAUUAAGGACUCGGACGCGGACUGACAUGCAGUCAUCGCCUUAAUUAGGUGGCCACAUAAAUCAGCCUUACCGUAACGAAUUUCUUUGUAAAUUUUCGAUGGCGACUCCGCGAAUCGUCAUCAGGCACGUCUGAACUAUGCAAAACAAGUGACAUUCAAACGUGUCUGUCAAAUUCACGGUCGACCGUAGUUUGCGUUUUUGAGCGUUCGUUGUAUGUCACAGUGCUGCUUAGAUUGACAGUCCCUCAUCCACUUGCUCCUGAGCUUUUCGUACGCGGUAUCCCAAUCGGUAUACCAAUUGAUGCAUGAUUAAUCCGCAUGCAUGCUCGAUCUUCCUUGGCAGACAGACUCAAAUCAUGCGAGUUCCGUCUCAGGCAAAAGUGUGGCCAGUAAUCAGACCACGAGUUAAGUACUGCUCCUCGCAGUACAUAGAAGGCGGUGCCGGUGCUUGCGUCCCACUGAAAACAAGGUCUUUCACGUAAGUUAAUUAUAGUACGCGUAUGGUCUCACGGCACAUACGUACUAUAAAUACUGCAGUCUUUGUGCCUCCACUGCUCUUAUCUGCAACCGUCUCUGAUGAUGGGUUCGAGUGAGAAUCUGAAGCGUCAGGCCGAUAAAGUUCUUGUUCCAGUCAUUGCACUUUCUUCUUCUUCUUCUUCUUCUUCUUCAUCAUCUUCUCCUGUACUGCUUCCUGGAAUUUGCCUGUUCGCUUCUGUCGGUAAAGUCCAGUUUCAGAUCAGCAAAAGCGUUCAUUAUUUAAUAAGGGAUGUGUGUAAGAGAAUAAAGCGGUAUCUAAACUUGUUAGAAGAGGUCGCACAAGCGCUCCAGCUCUGUUCUGUAAGGCAACCUCUUGUUCGACUGCCAACACUAAUUGCUUAUCUACGUUACUUUGGGUGGACUAUGCAAAGGCAGGGGAAAACAACCACAUUGCUGUGGACGAUGAACGGUCCGGUCAGAGUGUACAAACAGGGUGAGAGUGUGGGUACAAUAUGUUGAAAACAAACUAAAAUAGGUCACAUGAAAGGCAUGGUAAACAGUAGAGAAUGCUACCCACCUAGACGAAAGAUGCUGGAUAGAUUUGAAGCAGAAAUGCGGAAGCAGGAAGAUACCAUCUAGCGCAGACGCGCCACCUACGCUGAUCGGGUAAUCCAACUGUUUACACAACACUGGCCUUUCCCGCGGCUGCUGCCUGCCACACAGAAAACUGGUCAUCCUUGCCCGACAAGACGCCAUCGCCGCCAAGAUGGAAGCAGUCAGUUGGCCAAUGUGCCGUGAAGACCCUGUCAUUAGAGAUCUCGGUAUCCUGUUUCACGCGCAACUAGAACAGCUCUGAGGGAGAUUAGGUAGAGGUGAUUGCUAACUGUCUUUUCUUUGUGUGCACCCAAUGCGUAUGUACACUCACAACUACAAAACCCCAUAAAUGUGUUUUAAAUUGGCCUGCAUCGAUGAGACACACUUGCGUCAUCUGACCAGAGAGGGGUAGUUGUAGCGGCCAAGAAAUUGGCGGCGGUGCAUGCAUUUUCAUUUGUGCAAUGCAGCUCACUCCUGUUUGCAUCGGAGACAUUAUUUUAUUUGAAUGAAAGACCGCGCCGAGUUUCAUGAGUGUCUGCUUUCCCUUAGCUGUCAGGUUAGAUUUUUCUGCCUGACCUUUGUUUUGCCAAACUUCUGGAGGCUUUCACGAGCGGCCGACCUUUGCGUGUUCGCACGCUGUCCUGGUUGUGCCUUUGAUUUACUUUAGGGCGUUAAAGACCAUACGACCAACAGGCUGAUAGACUAGACCGAAAAUUUGUUGAACGAGAAGGCUGGUGGUUGCAGGUUUCUUUGGCGGUGACAGUCCCCUUGCUCAUACAGCCACGUGGGGUGGUAUUAUUUUGUGGUGCGUUCUUUACAUAUUCACAAGAUCGAAGGGCACUCUUUUGGAAGAUAUUCCGUCUCUCAUCCUAUCGGGAGAAAGUAUUUUGUGGAAGCUGACAAAAAGGAAGGACGAUUAGGUUUUGCCUCUUCUUAGCUGCAACAGGGUUCAGGGGGUGCUGGAAUCACCAGUUCCACAGAUCGUGAGCGCUUUAGUUAAAAUUCAAGGACGUAAUUAACGCCCGCUUUUUAUCACUUUCUUAUCGUUCGAAUGCAUGCCCGUAAAUAGUCUUUUAAGUUUUAUAUGAUAUGGCACAUAAUUGUAGUACUUGCGAGAUAGACUUCGAUGUUCACAUUACACAGUGACAUGCUUAUGUCUAGUAAUUCCUAUGUGCUUCUUAAAUUCACUAAAAUUUCAAAAAUGCUAAAAACAAUAAAACGAACUGUCAUCGAACAGACAAGCCACUGAUCGUUCUUUUGCAAAAAGACUUCAAGUAUUCCUUUCUAACUUGGUUAUUACGCGUUUGUACUGUACAAUGAAAGGUGCAAGAUUCAUUGUGCAUUAUUGCAUAGAAUGUGGAGACUACUACACCUGAUACGAUGUGACACCGCAAUUAAGCAUCAAUGCUAGAACAAAAGGUAGAAAAAGAGGACUUUAUCUCGACCAUGUUGCCUGAUUUUCUUUCUUUAAAUUUUCAAAUUAACUUUAAAUGUGCGGCACCCUUUUUUCGAAGAUAACGCUAACGCGGUUUUACUACAAAUGGCCUCGCGCUAAAUUCCAUUCCGUCCUGACUUCAGCCCCAAAGCUUAGCCUCACCAUAACUUUCCAAACCCUCACAACAUCCCUCGUAAUCCUAGAUCUAGCCAGCCCUGGAAUAUAGCGCAAAUUAGAUCUUAUUACGGGGCUUGUUCACGUGUCUUACUACAAAAAAAUAUCUAAAUAAUGGGAGUCGCCAGCGAACUGGGUCCCAUGAUAAAGGGACAAUAGGCCUUCUAACUAUAAUCCAAGUUAAAUCUGUAACAACCCUUUUACCCACUACAUGCAUGUAUAUGUUCUUUAUCUGCGAUAGUGGAAAAUUCUGUCCAUUUUAUUUCGGAACCAGCAGAUAUUUAUUUAUCGACUGCGUCAACAGAAACUUUUGCUCUGCAUCUUUUGAAUCGGAUUUGCUUGAUUAUAUAACGACCACAAGUAGCCUAAAGAUGACUGAUGCAUCAUAUAUUAUCUUAGGCAAUCCCAGCCUUUACGCGAACCCCCCUGUUUCAAGGCAUACCCCUGACAGUUUCUUUCGAACACGUCCUGCAAUUUAAGACUUUGUUUGUCUAAAAAAACUUUGGCGAGGUUCGUUUUUGCAGUCCCACUUAAUCAAUACCAUACAGAUAACUUUCUUAAACAAUUUUGUUUAACAUAACAAUCUUAACCACUCGCUGGAUUAGGAAGUGGCAGAGAGAGAGAGAGCAAGCAGAGCUCAAAAUAGACUCAGAGAAGCUCGUGUGAAGGUGUACCUGAAGUUGGCGUGUACACACUUCCCAAGACACAGCCACUCGCUGGAUAAAGAAAGUGUGAUCACAACAGGCGGGUCACAGAGGGAACCGCGUGCUAGUCCGCAGCACAUGGCCACUAUAGCGGAAGCGACGGAGUUCCAAUCCGUCCGAACAGUGCCAUCAACAAACCUACUUGUCCCCUCGCUGGACUGGUAUAAUAAAGUGGGCGCAAGUGGGGCUCGAAGCACGCGCAGGGAAGCGUGUGUGAACUGAUAACUGAUGUAACCCAGGUUGACAUAUGAUCACUCCCGCCUCGGAGGCACAGACACUCGCCGAAUGAAAAUGGUAAGGAAAGUGCAAGCACGCGAUUUAUAUAAAGUAACCACAAUCGCACCUACUAAAAUUGUUUUCGGAAGCUGCCACAUGACAUUACUCAAGUGGGGCUGCAGGAUCAAACCUUGCCGAAACUUUUAGUGAAUUGUAAUCGGUGCUAACCAACGCAAAUGUUACUUCUGCCAGUACUUACAUCUCCAGAGCAUUGUUUGUAUAUUGGUCUAGGAGGUGGAGUCAGCCAAUUUUCUCAGUUUAGCGCCUUCCAAUAUUAGUUCCUUCCAGAUGAUUUUUUCCAAAACUGUGGAUCUUCGUACCAGGCAAGCCAUCUAUAAAACGUGGGAUAAACGAUAAAUGACUACAAAGUGUGGAAGUUCAACAGAUAGGUCUUACCAAAACCGUUUGUCAAGAGAGGAAUGCCGUUGUGAUAUUAGGAUUAUUAAGCUGAGGUGAUGCCUUCGCUGAUUUCUUGUCGAUACCAGGAAAAACGAGACUGUUUGUAUUUACAACAUAAAUGGAUAUUUUCAUCGUCGUCAUGUGUCGAAUUACAAUUCCGCUUUCCAGCGAAGUCAAGCCCAUGCGUUUUUAGCUUUUCGGGACAUCGAUGCCCAGUCACAAUUAACUAAUCACACUUUUGAUUAUUAAAACACGUCGCUACCCCUUUUUAACUGAUAGCUGUUCAACUAGCCGCAUCAUUGGAACUACUACUUGCAAGGAUAUCCGACCUAUCUUUUAAUAAAUAACGGUCCUACAACCCCUGUUCUCAUGUCUUAAAAGCAGACUUCCUUGCUCUAUUUCUCUGUCAACAUUCGGAAAUGUUGUUACGCAACUGAUGCCGGUUAUGACCGGUAAACCACCAUUCAGUGUUUAAAACAAAACGUGCCCACCUUUUUCAAACAACGAUGGUUCAAUCAGCCAUAUGAUAAAAAACCCAAGUUACAUUUAACUGUGUCUUGUGAUAGCAUUACAAAACUUUGCCACCCGACGACUGUUCCCGAAUCAUAAGCACUUAAUAGUUGUUUAAAACGUGUACCCCAGAAGGAAAAAUUUAGAGCGGAAUAUUUUCCUGUUUUCCAAAAUCAACAAUAAAUGCUGACAGACACAUUUGUGCAUCCUGUUCUUCGAUUGGGGCGGCAGAGAUAAAGAGCAGAACUAGGUACUCCAAAUCCAUUCGCCGUUACGUCCUACAAUAUGUGAUCGUCAACAGUGCUUGACGCUUGUAGGGACAACAUGAUAACAGUCCUGCUGUUAAUCGUGCGGGAAAAAGAAAAGUCGAAUUCUCAGCAUAAGCCCUCGUGAGCACCAAUGGAGCGGAAUCAUAUUUCGUUAGAAGAACAACCUUGUUUUUUUGAAAAAAACAUCCGACCUUUCGGAACACUAUCACGUAACAGUUCAUGUCAACCAAAAAUGUUCAGAUUAAGUGCUUUAAUAAACGUCUGUUAGGAGUCAAUGUAAUCUUUCAUUCACUUUCUCAAUUAACAAACAAUUAGACUAUAUAUGCUCGGAGAAUUCUCUCCAAAUGAUACGUGACCAUGUUGCUUUAGAAGGCGUCCAGUUACAAUUAAAAAGCCUAUUAUGUUAGAAGGGAUAAGACUAUUUUUAAGAUUAAAUUUUAUUUUUCAUCUCCCAUAGGCCGUUUUUCUACUACUAGCUCUUUUGUGAAUUUUCGCAUUUACAUCGAUCUGAAAAUUUGAUGUGCAGAGAAGUAAACUUUAUAAGUUCGGAAGGUUUUUUCCAAAGGAUACUUCCCCAAGUUGCUGUAAAAGGUGUUGAAUGACAGUGAAAAAAGCCUACUACGUUAGAAGAGAUGGGAUUUUUUGUAAAUUAACUCUUAUUUUUCCUGCCCUUUACGUCGGUUUUCUACUACUAACCCUCUGUGGAUUUUUGCAAUAGUAUGGAUUUGACAUUAAAAUAUGCAGAGAAGUAAAUCGCUUAGUAUGAAAGUCUCUUCCGGAGGCGCACGUCUACGUGUAUUUGCCCGUCUACACCCCACGCAGGCGCGAGUAUGGCGGCCAGUAACUAGCAGUUGGUUAGCGCUAUUGAUAAGAACGGGGAAGCUGGAUAAUUGUGCCUAUCUGCCGUCAAUAAUAUCCUGAUCUGAUGCAUCCGUACACCCAAACUAAUACACCUGCAGUCCUAAAAUAAAACGAAAAUAUUUACUUCUGUCCGGCAUUCAAGAUAAAUGGGACACUUCUUCAACAUCUACAUUAGACCUAUGACAGUGUUUUAGUUGUCGUUCAUUAACUGGCUCGAAUGGCCUAAAAGAUGAAAAAAUCUCGAAAGUACACUGAGAGCAUUUUCAUAAACAAGAAAAACGAUGCUUUUAACAAAUAUCAUUUCUGAGCGUCUUAGAUUUUGCAGAUAGAGCCCGGUGUUCUGUUAACUUCCAGUAAAGACACGUAAAUCGAGAUUGUAAAUGCGAAGCUAACUAUCGGACUCAAAGUAAUGCCAUCAACAUUAACUGUUCCUUAACGACCUGAGUAAAUUCUUCCUGUUUCAUAGCGUAGUUACACUUUUCCCUUACAACUUGUCACUUGCCCUCUGCUGUUUGUAGUCCGCUUUAUACUCUGAAAACGGCAUCGCACAGCAGCGCCUUCCAAACACUGAAUUGGCAACCCCUUGGGAAAUUACUUUUAGAGAAAAUAUGCCGCUUUAUGUUUCAGGUUUGUGCGCCAUCCGUUUCCUAAAUCCGCGUAUUUUGUGUGGACAUUUAUAACGGCCUGCAAAAAAGUACCUCCCACACAGUUACUCGUGAUUGAUGGAGCCAUUUUCUUUGGAGGUUUUGGUAGACAGUCGAAAAUCCAGCGCCCGUAAUUUUCCACGCAUACUUAACAUACGGUAGUCAGAUUCUGUAUGGCCGAACAUAUGCUGCUUGUAGGUCAAGAAGUGCAAUACUACAGUGACGCAGUCUUUAUGUGCGGUUGUAGAAGAUAGAGGCUAGAGGAUGAGAAAUAAGUUCGUCCCCUACUGACACUUAAUUCCAACCUUUUACCGCACAAAUGGGGCGCCUUUCUUAUGCUCGCGAAAGGCUAGUCGGAUCUUCGCCAAACUAAACUUUUUUAAAGCUAACUUGACAAUUGCGUUAAUAAGGCGCAAAAUAGUUGGGUGGUCUUAGUAAAUCAAACGGUUUAUACCCGAGACGGCCACUGUUACGACUCUAACGACUUUUCAAGUGUGUAUUCACUCGCCAUGGAUGCCUGCACUUAGGGACAUGUGACUUUACCGCAGAUUCCUUGCGUUGAACACCUUGAAAACUCCGUGGCACAUUUUGGCUUUUUACAGAAAUCCAAAAUCUAGACGGAGAUACCCUAAUAAUGACGCAUUUAGGGUACACAGCCCGAUUCCUAUCCAUAGGCGCAGCGAAAGAAAAAAAUACCUUGCAGUUAAAAUGAACAAUUUUUAUUACGAGUUCGCUUUUUUGGAGGUGUUUACUGGACUCACAAAUGUGAAAUUUUGGAGCGCAAGUGACCCUACCCCACGAAAUACUUUGGUUUCCUACAUGAUUCGUCUGCGACGAAAACUACUACUUCUAGACCGUCGAGAAAGGCUCCCAAACUUCUGCCUACAAUAUCCAAUAUUUCAUCUGCGAUGUUGGCGACCGUUUGGUCUGGUUUCUAACUCAGGCUAUGGAACAAACCCGUAGCAUAUAGAAGGCUAUAAAAAUGUUUAAGUCGUCGUGUUACCUGAUUGGGUGAGUAAGUAAUUACGUACUGACGCCUCGCCAAAUGAUGACUGAAUGGAUAGUUUAUCUGUUUGCAUCGGGGCUAUCAAGGGCCCUGCAGCUCUUACGUACUCUGGAGAAAAUGAAUUGGUGCAGUCAAUUGUAAGACUGUCGAAACUCAUUAGCAGCACAAGUGAUCAUAAGGGAACAACAAAAAAGUGUAGCAACCUCUUCAGGAUUUUCGAAAUUUUCAGAAGUGCCUGUUUAUAGGCUGACGCAGCAGAUUGUUACAAACGAGGCUACCACGGCUCGACCAUCAGCUAUCAGUGGUCAAACACAUGCGUCAUACAUCCGGUCUAUGUGGUGACGAGGGAUGAGUCCUGUGACUUUAAAACUAGUAAUCGUUUACUAAAGUUUUUUCUCAGACUCCUUGAGAUGCAUACUUUUUACCCCCCCCCCCCUGCAUGUUCCGCAAAGUCUUCGUGAGGAAAAAAUAUUGAAGCAAAAAAUUGUCUCAAAAUACAGCGCGAUGUACAAUCGCGUGGGUAUACCUUCUUGUCGCCUUAAACAAUGCCAACCUAAACAUGUCAUGAAUCCCUGCCUGCUGCCCAUUCGUAGAAUCGGCGAGCAGGAGAUCUGCGCCGAAUCCAUGGCACGCCUUGACCUACAAGGGCAACGGCUCAGUGGCAGUAGGUUGAGUUUUGCCUGACCUGAAUGUUCCAUCACCCAUCGACCCCACGCCACAGUUUGUCGCCGAGUAAUUAGGCCAAACGAUCAGUCGGACCGACCCGAAAGUUCGGCCAUACACUAGCUCAUCCAGUAGGGCGACUGGACUGCGAACUAUGAUGGUCGUAAAUGCCAAACAAGUGGCCACACACAUGUAUGGAGGCUCAAAAGGAAGUUUGGGGAGCAAACGUCUGCUUUUGAAAAAUUCUUGUCAGGCCUGUACAUUUAGUUGGCUAUUGAAAUAUAGAAAUAUAUAGGGGAGAUACUCUGAUCGAUUCAGAAAAAAGGGUCUUUUUCCACGAAAGGCGCUAAUCCUAAUUUAAAAGCUUUUCUACGCAAACUAUUAACAAGGACUCUGUGGCGUUUCACUUGAGAUACGAAUCCUACUAUUCAAAUUAUGAAUCAAUCAAUCACCGAGUCGAAUCAUUAACCAACACACUAACGCUACCCAAUAACUGCAGAGGACACGGGUUCGGGGGGCGGGGGUUAAUGAGUCGGUUAAGAGCCUUCAUAGAUGCAUUUAUGGAUAAUUUCAGCUUCUAGUAGUGAAGUAGAGCAAGCGUUUCAACUGUCAGGCAAAUACGUCUACUUGGUCGGAGGUCGGACAUGCCGCUGUCGUCUUCCGUUCUUCUCCAGAGACAGUCUCCACCCCCUCCCACCAUCUCAAAACAUGCAUGCUCGCCGUACUCUUCUCACCCUACCCUCCAAGCCGAUGCUCGAUUAAGAAUGGGAGAUGGCUUACUUUUUGCCUGCUGUUUCACCAUUUCCUCUUCCAUUAAGCUCGCGAGGUUUCUCCUGCUCCAGGGCCAGGUCACAACCCAUCCCCCCUCCGCAGCGCAGAGAUUUGCAUAUUUAAAAAGUGUGCGCGCUAGCGUAUGACCACGCACCUGCGUGGUGGAUGCAGGGACAAAUGUGUGGCCUGAGGACAGGUUGACUUUCGGUCAUGGCCCACAGUGCUUUCAGCUCCUCCUCCCCCCCCGGUUCCCGUCUCCACCUGCCUUGACGACAGGACAUUUCGGCCUUAAUUAGCCUGGCCUCAUCUCACACCCCGCCUCACCCCGUACUCUUAGUUUGACUUUCACGCUGGUUGGGUUCUGAGGGGGGGGGAGAGCGGAGCGGGUGUAAUUAGUGUAAACAAGGUGUAAGCUGGUGACAUGGCAUAGAGCUCUGCAGUAGGAAGUUAGGACGGCCUCUGAAACUCCCCCUAGUUACGGUGGCCUUAAUUACUGACAAUUUGUAUUGCUGCUGUGGUGACAGGUUUAAUGAAACGCACCUCCGCAAGUGUUUGGCAAAGGGGACAGGACAGUCACAGUGGAGAGAAAUCUGUUUUUUUUCGUGGAAAGUCUCCUGCAACAUCCAUAAUAAGUUUUCAAUUGACUAAAUACAGUUUGCUUAGUAUACCCUCCCCCAGUGUGAAGGUCUGUAGGCAGAUAGGUGACCUGGUAAUUUUAAAAAAUGCAGUCAAGAGAAUUAAGUGAUUGCAGGUAUCCCUGAACACAAUGGGCUUAAGAGUCGUAGUCAAACAGCCGUGGCUAAUCAUGUGAUAAAAAGUAUUAGUACGUUCAACGAUCGAGUUACGGGAACUGCUCGUCGCACUGUGCGUUAAGAUCCAUCCCAGAGUCCUCGCAGACACUCGCAUAGCAGCGAUAACGAGGUUCCCGCUCUCCAUCUCCAGCCAUCCGCAGAUUUGCAGAAUUUGAGACUCGAAUCUGCGUUCUGUGGUCUUCGAGCGACGGCAGGUCGACCAUCGCAAACAACGACGGUUUUACAGCAAGGUGAGCUUAGGAACAAAGAAUUGGACGUGAGUUAGUGAACUUGCUCACCACCUUCUAUGCCUACUCCUCCCUCAUCAACCCCAGCUCAGUGUCAAGGUAGUGUCAAGAAGGUUGGAGGCGGGAUCUGGCGCAGGUAGGCUACCCAUCUACACGUGCCACACACGUCCGAUCCGUGCACAUUGCGCCUGCUUUUCGCAGAACCAAGGGGCCGGUCGAAUCCAAACUGAAUGGAAAUGGGACGAGUUCGCUGGCUGUUACCAGCCGGCGACGACUAGUACGCCAGGAAUGGCCAUUUUAUUUGAGUUUGGUUUUGUCGGUGCCCUCUCUAGUAUCCGUAUAGUUUCGAGGUCACUCCUUGAAGAAGGUCGUGAUAGUCAUAUUCAUUGCUGGAGGGCUAAUGCGAGUGAGGUGUUGCAGGCAUGUGACGCAAGUGUGCAUUAUGGAUGCAUAAAUUGCCGGCCUAGUCGGAAGAGUGCAAACGACAGAACUGCUUGUAAAUUUACCGGCAAAAUUACGUUGCGGUCGCAUUCUUGUUUUUAUAGACAGAGACUUCAUUUAUAAGACAUGCCAGAUAUUUAAAUUUUAUUUCGCACCGUAAACGGGAUAACCAGGACAAAUACUUACCUGGUCACCAAGUUCAUGAAGCAGCUAUCAAACGAAUCCAUUUCACAGAGGUCGUGGCAGAUUUAGAGUAAUUCACUUUGACCCAGCUGUGAAAAACUUGGUGCCUCGGUGGGAUCCGAACCCAGGACAGCAAGGGAAGGCUUUAGUACAGCCAACCCUUUAAGCAUCUGAGCUACGAGCUCCCAUGGACGACGCCAGUUUAAUUGCAUUUGGGUCAAGUUCACUACAGUCAAGUUUUUCAUAGUUGGGUCAAAGUAAGUUAUUUGAAAUCUGUCAUAACGCCUAUGGAUUGCGUGAGCCUGGUAGGCAUCUGGUGGAUUCUAGGUGCAUUACUUAGGAAAUCCUGCUUGGGCAGUCAGCUAGCUGUAUCAUAUUUUGUGGUACCAGACGUUACAUUAAGUUGGACGGGUAAACAUGACCCAAAUGUGAUUAAACACGCGUCGUCCAGUGGGGCCUCGAGGCUCAGAUGGCUAGAACGUUGGCUGUACUAAGGCCUCCCCUUGCUUUCGCCGUUUCGGAUCCCACCGACGCACCGAGCUUCCCACAGUUGGGUUAAAGUGAAUCCAUUUCAAAACAAUUCUAGUCAUAAAGAAUAAGACAAGUAUAAUCAUGCUGAAUGUAAUUUACAAAACGCUCUAUUGUUACAGACGUAAUCUGACAAUCGCCUUAGCUUAUUCGGACUAACACAUUUUUGAAAAUAAUCGCUAAUGUCCUAAUUUUGUCUACUUGGAUAAAUGUUUCAGGCUUGCAAAAGUUAUUUGCAUGCUAAUGGUAAUUGGAAGUGAGAUGUUACAUUCACAUAACUUACUAACACCGACAAAAUGGGAGUCACUUCAAAAACAAUUACGGUUUCUGAUGUAUGUGAUUUUAGACACAUUAUGUUCUGCAGUUUUUAUCUCUUUUCUUCCGGUAAUUACAGUAGAUGACUAGUCCAAUGAAGCAAAAGACAACAAACUAGACGGUCUGUCUGGAUAAGCUAGGAUUUUGUUUGUAGUCACUAGCUUAGCACAUUGCAAAAAGCUCUUCACAUCGAGCAAUUUAUGUUUAGAAUUAUUAAAAUAACGAAGGACACUGCAACCUUAAGGCGUAUUCAACAUUAUUUUUUGUUUGGAUACUUACUUAUGCAAAUAAUAUGAGUCAGAUCUGCGUAUUUACGUACGUUUCUCCAGCAGGAUGCAACGAGAUAGAUAAGGGAAAUUUACGAAAUCAGCAUUCGCCAACUUGAAUUUUGAUUUCUACACCGCAAUUCGGGUAAGAUAACUGUGAGUAGGCAUUUUGUUUCAAAAACAGAAGUUUGUACUAAUAAGUAUCAAAUAAGUCCAUUUUGUAAAUUCGUGAAGCUUCGAGCCCUGAAAGCAGUACUGAGCCCACUGACAUUCGUCCGUUUGAGCGCGCCCGUAUUUUUCGGGCAUAUGUAGAUAUUUCGCAAGAAAUCCACAAAAGGCAUUAUAUCAAAGUUUUUAUGCGGCGAGAUUUCAAUUAGUGUGUAAGGGAGAAAUGGCAUAUGCACCGUAUUGCUUACAAACGACAUCUCAUAUGCAUAUUGUUUCCUUAAAACGCAUUUAUGUCCAUGUAACUGCGACCUUCAAUAAAAACGAUGAUAUCAACGGUACUAAGUGGAGAGGAAGUGUAGAUUUUUCUGCUUGCAGCCAAAAAUUAGUACCAACCAAAAAAGUGAAUCAGCAAACAAAUCUUUUGAUUUUUUGCGCAGAAUUUAAUUUAAGAGAAGAUUUUGGAUGUCGGUAUUCACCUGUAAAAUACCCAAAAGGCAUUUAUAAGUAAAUGACGGGCGAUAGAAGAUUGUUCAAUUAAAAUAAAACAUAUAUAACUGACCUUCGUGGUGAAAACCAGUAUUCCUAAAUUAUUAGACUUAGUAUUUAGAUAGACCUUCAGCUAAGACCUAAUCUGCCAUCUGCGAAAAUGAGAGCGUUAAUAAACUCACUAAAUACACAACAGUUCCAAAAAUGUGCCUUGUUCUGAUAGGGUUUAUUAACAGCAAACUUUAAAGGCCACGCUUUUGUGUAAGUGAAUGAAAACUGCAAAACCUUCGGUAAGGUCUGAAUGCUGCCGGCGAAAUCAGUAGGCAGCACCAUUACUAAAAGUAAAACAGUUAUUUUGCGGUGACGAUGGCCUCUUAAUAUGCAGAAAAUUGACUCUGCUGCUGUUUUUUACCCUUUGUCAACGACUGGGCUCCUCAUUUGUGACUGAAUUAGGGCGUGAAAUCUGUCGGCGUUUUUACCUAAAAAUCGGUUUGGGUUCAGUCAAACGCUUUUCGGUCAGUGCAAAAAUUCAAAUUGCAUAAGGUUCCUCGUAGUUUCAAUUUGAAAAUACUUAGUUAUGUCUUACAUAGCCGACCGGCUGACAUGACGAGGACUACCCAAAACAGCCUUUAGAACGCGAUUAUUCUGCUUGCAUCCCUCGGACAUUUAUGAUGUACUUAUGGAACCUACGUUUAUCCACUUAGCAUGGCUAUUGAAGUCCUGGGCAUUUUUGCUUUUCUUGAAAAUUGCUAUUUUAUUCCGUAUCACAGAUUGUUUGACAUAAAUUCACAGGUAACCUUAACUUAGGGUUAUUCACAUUUAUUUAUUCGUACUGGUUGGUGCAUUCUGGGCCAGUGCCUGGACCAUGUCUACUGGCUCAAGAGUUAACGCAAGAGUUGUACCAUCCACGCUUAAUCUAUCACAUAUGUAUCUUGUUCUAAUAGCAGAGAUAUUAGAGAUUCACAUGAAUAUAUAGAAUGCGCCUACAAGGUAGUUCUCAGUGUUUUGAAAUAAUAAUAACCUUUUUUUCGGGAAAAUACAACCCACCUACAAUCCCAAAAAUGUGUUUAAAACCGGGAUUCAGAGUCGAUGUGUGACAGUUCAUUUUACUUCCAAAUAAGACCACAUUUUAUUUCAAUGUUUAAUUGGCCAAUUCAUCCAGAAUCUUCCUGAGCACGUUUAUAACUUAGGUGACUGUUAUAUCUGUUUAAUCUAGGUUUGAGCGCAUGGAGUAAGUAGGCAAGUUUCGUCUCCCUGAUAAAUUGACAGUUGUGUCACAUACAAACCUUCACAGUGUGGUUAUCCUUAUCAGCUCAAAUCUGUAGCCCAGUCAGCAUUUAUGACCCGCAAAAGUUACCGUCUUUGCUCUCACCCUACAAUGACGCACAUGACAGACAUCGUCGGCAGCGACUGUUGAACUACAGUGAGUGACCAAUCUCAUGAAAUGUUGGCUGAAAUUCCGAAAUGCGUUUUCGAUUAGAAAAGAUUACUUAGGCGCGGUUGUAAUACCGAUUAUCUUGCGGCAUAAUCCUAUGAUAUUGGGACUCAGAAGUAUCUCAGCCUUUGAAUGCAUGGCUUUUCAGCCCCCUGUAGAGACCGUACCUGAUAAAAGAUGACUACUUAAACGGCAUGCAUUUUCCCAUAGAUUUUCGAUGGUCUUGCAAAUUGAAAUAUAUCUCAUAAAAACCAUAAACGAACAUAUAUUUCCGUUGGGUCGUCUGGCAUAGAAUUGCGUCUUCGUUAUAUUUUAUAUUCAUGGAAGGAGUAUAAUUAGGUACUAAAAAGUUUUUUUAGUGUGACAUUUCUUAAGACCGCGCAAUGUCCGUUCAUAUAACAUUUAAACUGACCGUUUACCACGGCUCCUCAUUAAAAGCACGACCUAGUCUGCAUUCAUUGCAAAAUUUUAUGGACUUUGUAUAAUAUCAUUCUAACGACAUAGAAGAAUAUGUGAUUUUCUUUACGCGGAACGCAUGCACCCUGUAGACUGAGAUCAUUAAGCUUCAAAGCAGCGAAUAAUCAAGCUCCAAAUAAUUCGGCAACAAGAAAACUGUCUAAAACCUAAUUAUACUCCUUCCUUGAAUAUAAAGAGGACGUAAUUCUUUACCAAACGACAGAACGGAAACAUAUUUUCGUUUAUGGUUUUUAUAAGAUAUGUUUCAGUUUGCAAGACCAUUAAAAAUCUAUGGAAAAAAUGCAUGCUACUUAUGUAGUCAUCUUUUACCAAGUACGGUUUCUGCAAGAGGCUGAAAAGCCAUGCAGUCAAAGGCUGACAUACUUCUGGGUACGAAAUAUUAAAGGAUAAUGCCGAAGGAUACUCAGUAUUACAACCAUGUCUAAGUAAUCUUUCCUAAUCGAAAACGCAUUUCGGAAUUUCAGCCAACAUUUCAUGAGAUCGGUUACUCACUGUACCAUGUAGCCUGUAAGCUGCGCUGUGUAUGAGGACCACUUGUCAGAGAGUCGAACAAUGUACGCUUGUCCAAAGACAGUGAAAAUUGGUUAGGCUAUGCAUUCCUGCUGCAUGUCGGUCACAGUAUUCCGACAUGGUCCUCUGAGUUGAUAAUAAAGAAAUUUGUCAAAAUUACCAGUGUUCUCUUCGAGACAGUGCUUGAUUUUGUCGUGUUUAAUUGACUAACUGCAAUCGUAGGUACUACUGGUCCUCUAAAAAUAAAUAUCACUGGGGUUUCUCAUUAAUAGAGAACAAAUUUUGACAGACGGCGGGGGUUGUUCGUACGACUGUCAGUUCUAUUCUGUAGUAACUAGUGGCUAACAUAGUGGUAUACGAGACAUAUGUCUAUUUUGUCACCGUGUUCAAUCAGAUAAGAUAUUCUGCGAAUUGCUUUUGUCACAGAGGGUUACGCCUGCGCACUUAAACUAUCUCGUCAUAUCAGAUUUCGCAGAGUGGGAGUUUGUCAAGUGGCCAAAUGCUGCGGUCAUUGGAGAUGAGAGGCAGGUAUGAAGAGCGUCAUUUGAGGCAGCAACUGUUUUAGAUUUGACAAGUCGCGCGCGUGAAGUCGGUUCGGCUGGAAAGUGUGUUUUAGCACACCCUAACGUUGGUGAUUUCCUACUCUGCUACUGCACCAAGUGACGUCUGCAGCCCGACUUUUUUUCAAAAAGAAAACACUGCUGAUUCCGGGGACGUAUUCCUUUCUUUAGUUACAUGCAGGCCAAACUCACCUUCUCUAUCCUAGGUGGUCUUGUUCAGCACGACGGAAAAGUAUCGAUCUUCACUUUUAUGUCCAGCGAUACAGUGGCAUCGUAAUGAGCUUGAACUUGGAUCCUUUCGUCAUACAUAUAGGAUACCUGAUUGUUUUCUGACAAAUGGAAUUCAGUUUUGGAGAGUAUACUACUUUUACUUAUUUUCCUCCCAAUGAUGGCUUCUGUGUGACGCACCCAGGUUGUACACCCUAAGCAUAGGGUUGGCUAUCUCAAUAAAAAAAGAAGUCGUCUAUAAGAUCCCAUGCGAAGCAUGUGAUGCCGUAUAUUGUGGCCAAACGGAAAAUGUGCCUCUAAACGCAUCCACGAACAUCAACUUGCAGUUAAGAGGCGAGACCACUUGUCUCAAAUGGCCAUGCACACUCUUGAUACUGGGCACAAUUUCGCAUGGGACAAAACUCGCAUCGUCGGAGUUUGCCCAUCUAAAAAAGGCCGAGAGUUUCUUGAAGCCAUGCACUCCGAUGAGUCAUGCAUCAACAGGCAUAUCGAGUUAGAUGCCACGUACAAGAAUCUCAGAGAAAAGUGGAAGAGACGAAAGCCGAUCAAUACGGACUGACACGACGACAGCUUACUAGCUGAGGCACCAAACGAGUAUUGAUUUUGUAGCACGUUUGUAAUUUUAAUUGUUUUCAGCACAUUUACUCUAGUUUGACGACGACACGGGGAACUGACGUGGAAAAUUUACUCAAUAAAGUUUUCUCCCUUUCCCAAAGAACGUUUUUUGAUUUUUAUAUUUAUUUUUUUAAGGACAAGAAACACCAGUGACGAUACGUCUCCCCAUACAGAUCGGGGGAAGUUUACGGAACCGCACUUUUCAAUAGAGGGGAUGAAAGCAAUUAAGAACUUGGUUUGUAGCGAUGACCAGCAUUCCGCAUGCGGAAUCAAAUCAAUAUUUUUGAGCUUGGCGGCACUCGAAUAAGUACUAGACGUAAACAACUAGGGUUCUGAAAACCGGUAAUGUUGCAUAGGCCUUUCACGACACUGAGAACUAAACAUGGAACUGAACAAUCGAAAUUAGGAGUUAAUGCACUUCUAAUGCUGUUUUGCAUCAAGAAUAAAGGUCGUAUUAUUUUUAUCUGUUGUCGGUUGGUCCAGAAUUUUAGAAAAUACAAAAUAUAAGUCCCAAGGUUUGUUCAGAAAAUAAAGUGAAAUUGCAGAUAAGGAGGAAAAAACACCUUUCCAAUUUAGAACGACCGACUUUUGAUAACCACAUGGAUUUAUUUUUUCUGCAUCUAACUGCUACUCUUUUGUAGGCAAGCAACGAUGCUAAGCGUUUCGUCUUUUUGCAAAAAUUAACGUAAAAAACAUUUAGACCUGCCAGGAAAUUUGAAUGUGCCUCCUUACGGCCUUUUAAUACCUUCCAUAGACAAAGUUUGGCUAUUUGACUUGUUAUUAAUUUCAGGUCCUUUCUGUAUCUUCAACUAAUGUUUGAAUAUUUUGUCACAGGAAUGACUGCAAAUGUUUAUUACUGAUAACUUUCCUCACUAAUCGAACAGUCUCUAUUCUCCAAAGAUCCACAUAAAAUCCCGCUCACUUGUUGUUUUCGGAGAAUAAUUGUGCAGCGUGAACGUCCGUGGGAAAUGUUUUGAGCUCAUUUGGCAAUGGGGAAUGUAAUUAAGUAUAAAACUGACUUCACAAAAAUAAUAGGCCAAUAUAAUUCAGCUGAGGUCUUGACAUGUAAAUCCUUGUUCGCUGGGUAUGGAAAAACAAGCAAAUUUCAUUUCAUUAACAGCAGUACUUUAGUCGGUAGGCCUUACCUUGUUAGCCUUGCCGAGAAGAAGAUAACUGUAUUAACAGCAACAGAGAGGCUACCGAUGCAUUACGGUUUGGUACGAUAAAGCGCAUUUCUAGCAUAACGGACUGAAUAUUCAUCCGUGUUCUUUUUUAUAACGGAACGAUACAUCAUAUGAGAGAAAAAGUAAAUCAUGGUAAUAUGAAUCGUAUAAAUCCCAAGGGAGUAAGUUAGCAAAACAUUGCAUGUCACAUGAGCUCCUCUAGUCCGACGAAUGACCUCAAAUUGCUAAUCACGUAUAUUUGGGUGAUGCUCUCCCUAUACAAACACAUCCCAAGCUUGCUCGACAGUCCGGAGCGCAGGUGGACAGACUUUGCUUGUUAAAACAUCCAAUGCAGAGCUGUUAAAUGCAUGAGCACGAUGAUGUGAAGUUUAAUGUCCGCGACUUUCCAUCCAUCACCAUUGGUAAAUGAUGGAAUUUUGGGAACUGCGUUCUGAGCUGAAAGUAUUUAGCUCGGCUUGUCUCAAGUAAGUCGCGUCCUGCCGUGGUUUGAAAAAAAUCCACGACUUUUGAAAUUAAGAGACGACUCCUCGGAUAAAAAUCUAUGGUACACAGCCUACAGUAGAUGUGAUUUUCAGUAGCGCUGCUGACUUUUGCCAAUGGUUUAAACAUAAUCGUUUUCAGUAUUUACGUUCAGUAUUUACGACGCAAAUACUGAACUUCAAUAGCAGCUACCCGAUCAGUCACAAACGCAGUUGCGUAAGGGCGCUAUACCGGCGCGUUGAGACGCACUGCAGUGAAAUGGAAGACAAGGUUGCUGGAUUACAAUAUCUUCGACGGAUAAUGAGAGCCAAUGGUUACCCGUGCAACUUUGUCAACCAGUGCAUACGAAAAGGACACCAGAGACCAAAUCCAACCGGACCCAAAUUUUGGCGGGCCCUUCCGUACGUGAAGAACGUCUCGGAAGUCGUCAGUCGUCUUCUCACUCCACUUGCAGUUGGGGUUGCACACAGGCCGGAAGCAACCAUAAGGCGUCAAGUCAUGAGGCCAAAAGACCCGCUGCCACGGCAGGACACGUCUGGAGUUAUUUACCGGAUCUGGUGUAGUUGCGGACAAAGCAAUUAUGUCGGAGAAACUGGGAGAUUACUCCGUACGCGAAUUGCCGAGCACGCAGCAGCAGUGAGGCGGGGAGACGCUAACUCUCAAGUGGCGGCACACUCGACGGGACCCGGCCAUAUUUUCAAAUUUCAAGAGGCCGAAAUCCUCGCAAGGGGUGACAACCGCGUGAGCCGCGAGCUGCUUGAGUCGUGGUUCUUAGGCCCGCAAUCCAUCAACAAACACAAUGACCUCCCGGUACCCUAUAGCGUACUGCGAUUUUCCCUAGGCAGCAGAAUCAGUCACGUGGGGAGGGUGCGGGCGAGCAAUCAUCAUGGUGACAGUGAGCCAGUUUGCCGAGCAAUCGUCACACCAGCAUCCAGCACGGAUGACGAAAUCGCGGCAAUCAACGACUCGGACUCGGACCGACAAGCCACCACCGCAUCAAUUACGGCCCCAGCGGUGAUUACGAGAACUGUUAAUUGCAGUGCGCAUGCGGUCCCACGGCAGCCACGUGCUAUAAAUACUGCACUCCUGGUGCCAAAAUCACCUUUAUCUGCUAAUGUCUCUGAUGAUCGAUUCGAGUAAGGAUCCGAAACGUCAGGCAAAUAAAUUUCUUGUUCCGGUGAUCGCAUCUUCAUCUUCUGAACUGCUACCUGGAACUCGUCUGUUCGCUUCUAUCAAGAAUCGUUUUCGUUGUCAUGCAUAGACAUAUUUAGACGAUGGCAAUUUGUUUUAGGAAGUUGGCAAGAGUUUUAGUUUGUCUAGUGCUUAAAUGUAACUAAACGCAAAAUGAUCUGCUCAAUAAGACCAAACGUACAGAUCUCAAAUACAGUAUCAUUCCUCUGAAGCGGUAAUCACUGACGCCUUGUUCUAGAACGUUUUCUAAAAAUUCUAGUCUCAUUUACGUUUGUAAUUUAAGUUUGUUACUUUUACAGCCAUUAAGGUCGGUGUUUAGGCAAAAAAUAUUGCAAUCUAAUGCAACUAUAGCAACGACUACCGGGCAGAAUUCCCCAAAACAAGGCUACUUCCAAUAGUUAGCAUCUAGCUAUGUCCUACUUCCUUAAUGAAAAGCUUUGCCAAAAAUUGCACAAGCUAGUGACUUCAAAGUACACUGAAAUCUCUGGUUUUAACUACGCCGUGUAAACCAGCCGACGUGUUUCUAUGGACACAUGAAGCAAUAAAGAAAGGAGUCAAUAAAUCACAGUUUCGGGUCGCCUGUAAGGACAAAUCAUACAGUUUUCGAAACAGACGUUGAAGGUCAACAGAGUGACUAAUCUGCCCAGGUCAUAAAAAGAAAGAUUUUGGAGUCGAUCGCUUGGAUAAAAAAGUCACAGUACAAUUCAAUAGUAUUUCUACUUCCAACAAAACGGCAGGUUGACGUAAGGCUAUGGUUUUUGCCCAGAACCAAUAUGCAUUACUUGAAUUCUACAUUCUUGGAAUUUUUUCUCGCAUUGGGGCAUAGCGGUAGGUCAUGUUCUAUGUACUAACUGGUGUUCCCGAGGCUCGAACUCGGCUUUUUAGUUAUCAAACAUUAAUGAAUCCAACGUUCAAUAACCAGAAAAUCAUGAAUGAAUCUUCAGAUACUCACAAACCUGGCGUUUAGUGGGGCUGAGUAAAACGGCCAAUAAGCCAAAACUGACGAUAGCCGUAUCAGUCAGUCGCUAUUCAGCUGCCCGCUAAAGCUCUAGAUUGAGCUCCAAGGCACAGUCGGAGGAGCACAUCCAGCAAGCUUUUCGGAGAGCAUCCCAUUGCUACAGGCAUGUGAUCUUAAGUGACGGGCGAUCAAUAGAACACGUGGAAAUUACACAUUUUACAACUAUACAGUUCGGUUCACGUAUUUUUCUCACUUAAGCUUACAGUCAAAGCCUUCGGUCGGUUUUGUAAAAGUCAACUUAUCUGCAACAGUUUACCUAUGUAGUGUCUGCUAUCUGCCUGUCUCACUUUUCAGGGACCAGGUUUGUUGUUUAAUCUGGUUUGAUGAACAAAAAAGAAUUUGAAACUUUAGCAGUAGAUACUGCCUAAAGCAAAAAAAUAACAUUAAAGUCUACGGCAGGGACUGGAUAUCAUGUAUGAAGUUUUCCACGACACCCACUGAGCGUAAUAUAUUCUGUGUGCUUUCACAGUCCACUUUAACCCUUUUAGACACUGUUGGUAGUCCUCUCGAAACUUUCCUCUGUUUGUUCUAGAUGCAACGAUGCGCGUAGAUCUCGGUCUUUUAGACUAUUCAGUCGCAAAUUGUAUACAAUCUUUCCAAUUCAAGAAAACACGUUCGAAAUACUGUGAAAGCCUUUCUAGUCAAUGCAGCGGUUUAAUUUUUAUCCUUUCACAUUACCAUCUAAGUGAUGUAAAGUGGUUUUAGAAAAAUGUAAUCAUGAGAUUUUUUAAGGCCGUGAAAUACCCGUUCAUUGAACAUCGUGGUUCUACACUUGCCUACGUUGCUUGUAAAGUUCGCAACAUGGCUCAAUCCAACAGCUACAUUUUAUGACCCCAUACGAUUCCUUUUCAAAGCGUAUAAAAGUGUAGAAUUUUUUGUAAAACGGCAAAUAUACAGCUUGUACUUUGGAAAUUCUGGAUGCAAGUCUAUGGGUUGGUCGGGUUCAAAAUUAUUCUGGGGUUCGAAUUUUUUUAACGCCGAAUUGUACCGUUCGUCCAAGCAUAAAAUUUGAAAAAUGAUGUAAUUUUCUUCCAAAUGAGUAGAAGAAUGCAUAGUUUUUACAAGUUUUCAGUGAAAUACAUAUAAAUCAAUAAGGAUAUCGAAAAUUAAUAAGAAACAUUUAUACCACUUAUGGAGUUAUUUUUGCACAAAUGGUUUUUGUGGACGGCCGGAAAGAAGUUGUUCAAAAGCCCGCGUCCUGAAGUAAUUGAGUUAUUUUUGGAUUAUGCUGUUACGUAAUUAAUACAACAAACUUGCUUAAGUGAACUUUUCGAGUGGAAGACACAUUUCGACAUUUCGGUCAACAUUUCAUGAGUUAGGACACCUAUUGUGCCGUGAAACGUUUUCUAGCCAUCAUAGCAGUUAUAGUUACCCUUUAAGAGUACCAUCUAAGUGCUGUAUGGCGAUAUUAUUGCUGAUGUGUGCCCCCUGAGGCUCUCAAAGUGGGCCAAAAAGGCUAUGGGCCUUUCGACAACCGGGCCAGUUUAAGUUAGUUUGGAUGUCGGCUGCCGUUCUUUGUUCUUUGAUGACAGAGAGCGGCUGGGUAAUUUUAGGGUAAAAAGCUGCACGCAACACCUAUUACGGCCAAAUUGAAUUCACACCGAAUCUUCGGAUGCUUGUGCAAUUUCAAAAGCACUUCAGUCUAAUUGAAAAAAUGCUGACAGUGGACCAAAAAUAAACCAGAAAUGGACUUCCUAACUAUGCCAUAUGAGCAGUUUUGUUAACUUAAAAUAUAGAAAGUAUCGAUGUUUCAAAUGAUUGCGGUUUAAUAUGGUAUUUGAAAAGAACAUUCAGAAUCCCAAGAAUGAAGUUUGGAAACUAGUAGGUCUUACUUUGUUACAAACAAUGUUGAGUAGUAAUUUGGCGUUGUGUGGACUGUUUUCGAGAUGGCCUAAUAAUUUAACCUGACGUCAUGGGCGCCGUUGCCUGCAAAAAUACACAAUUGAAAUAGCCAAAAUGCCCAUUUAUUGAACUUUAAAGAAUGUUUACUGCAAACGUACAAGGGAGUUUUCUGUUAGCCUCUGCAAUUCGAAGAAGCGUAAUCGACGUGAUCAAUUGUUAACGAUGGUUGUCGUCUAGAAGCAUGAAAUGGGUGUGCUUCGGCGCAGUGUCGCUAAACGUUCUAAUGACUGGUGCGUUUAAAGAUUUUAUCCAUAGAGCGAUUGUGCAUCUGUUUGAAUAAAAGUGAUUUUGCAAAUGGGUAUGCAAACAUUGCAAAAUUGCAAUUGCUUUUAUUGCAGUUAAUCGCAUGUCCCUGCUUGCACAUUUUACUCUCGGAUUCAGUAGAGAUAAAAUUCUAAAUAGUGUAUUUUGGUUCAAAUACACUGUCACAAGCCACCUCAUAUGAGCUGCUUGUCGUUUGUUUUAAAAGACAAUGUAAUAUUAUUCAGUCAGUAAAUAACAUCGAAAAAUGAUGAUUUUAGUUGGGGAAAUGGGUGAAUAGAUGGAAUGGUCUCUAUAUUAAAGACAGUUUUUAUAUGAAAGGCGAUGAUAGUAAAACAUCCGCACAACCAGAACACUCGGAACUUCGGAAAGGAGUAGUCGAACCGCUAUUUUCCCCGGUUUCUCGUUAGAUACUCUAACCUCGAGCAGCCAGAGGCUCGAAUCUGUUCCGAAACACCUGUUUUAUCGUAACACGAUUCUCAUAUUCUGCCUGUUAUUCGCAAACACUUCGCCUCAAAUACACCAAAAAGCACACCUUCAGUAAUGGGCUAAAUCAUGAAAUGUCAAUAACAAUUUCGAAAUGCGUUUUCGUUUUGAAAAGAUUAAUUAAGUAGGGUAGUAAAACAGAUCAUCGUGCAGCGUCAUUCUAUAAGAAUUCGGUCACAUCAGGAUGUCGGUUAUCGAACUAACUUCCUUUUGGCUGCAUGCAAAAACUUUACUUUGCAAAAAAUGGCUACUUAUUUAGCAUGCCUUUUUUCACUGACUUUUGGUGCCUCUAGAAAUUCAAUUAUAUUUCAUAGACAACAUGAAUAAAAUAUUCAUUCUUCCGCUUACUCGGUGGGAAAUUAUGCCCUCUUUAAACUUUAUACUCGAGCAAAGGGUAUAACUCGGUUUUCGAAUAUUUUUCCACUUCCAUAUUCAUUUGGAACCCGACGUGUCGUUACGCUUGCAUUCAGGGUUAGCAAACUACAGGCCGUGUCAUUUCCGCGUACGAAAAACCAUACAUUUCUCAACGGUAUUAAUGAGUGACCAUAUUGGGUUCAUAAAAUGUAGCAGCGGAUUUGGGUCAUAUUGCUUACUUUACAGGCCACAUUCGCAAGUGCAAAAACAUGACGGUUUGUGAACGGCCAUUUCACGGUAUAGAAAAGUUUCACAAUUAGAAACAUUUUUAAAACUGAAUUAUACUCUGCCUCCAAUUAAAAAUUGAAAGAAUAAGUAGAUUUUUACCGAAUGAGCAGGAUAAUGAAAAUUUUUAUGUUUUCUAUGAAACUUAAUUGAAUUUUUAGGGGCAUUAAAAUAAUUGAGAAAAAUGCAUACUAAUUAAGUAGCCAGAUUUUGCAAAUUGUAGUUUUUUUAUGCAGCCGAAAAGAAAUUAUUUCGAUAGCCGGCAUCCUGUGGUGACCAAAUUCUUAUAGAAUUACGCUGCAUGAUGAUCUGUUUUACAACCCUUCUUAAUUAGUCUUUUCAGAACGAAAACGCAUUUCGAAAUUUCUGUUGACAUUUUAUCAGUUAGCCCACCUACUGUAGAUAACCGCCAAAGUCUUAUUUGCUAAAUGAAGUGCCUGAGUUUCCGCAGAUUAACAAAAUCGGGAUAAUCGAAUACUUGUCACUAGUGUCGUGCACUUUAUCUUUCAUCUCAGUUGCGUCGUGUGGAUGAUUACAUUCUAUUUAUCUACUAUACCGAUGGCAAGUAAUCACAACUAGAAAGAACAAUAAAUUAAAGUUGCACUUAACAUCCUUUCUCUGUUCCUAAAUUGAGCUUAGGCAACACUUGUGUCAAGUCCUCAGCAAAGUCAAGUAUCAUACGAAAACAGUAAGUCAGAAGAACGCGCAAUCACUAAACAGCAGUUGUAUUAGUCUGAGUUUUCGGACUCUCAGAAGAGACAACCAUCGAAGACUUUAAGAUGACAAUAACCGAUGGACUGCGUUAGUAAUUAAACAAUGAAAUAAUGAAACCGAACGACCCACUGCCACGGCUAGAAACGUCUGGGGUCGUUUAUCAGAUCUGGUGCAGUUGCGGACAAAGCGGCUACGUCGGAGAAACCGGAAGACAGCUCCGAACGCGAAUAGCAGAACACGCUGCAGCAAUGUGGAGAAAUGACGUCAACUCUCAAGCUGCAGCCCAUUCGAUGAGAUUCGGUAACACAUUCAAAUUCGACGAGGCCGAAAUUCUCGCCAUAGAUGACAACAGCGUGAGCCGGGAGCUGCUUUAGUCAUUGUUUACUGCCCCCCAGCCCAUUAAUAAGUGCUAUGAACUUCCCCUUCCAUACUCGGUGCUGAGACUUCGCCUAGGUCGAGUAAUUAGCCACGCGGGGAGCGCACAAGUGAACACUUUUCCCAACUCCAGGGUCGGCGCCUCAGAUUGUCGAGCCAUCAUCACGCCGACAGCCAACGUGCGUGAUGAAAUUGCAGCAAUUAACGACGCGAAUGCCGGCCAUCAAACAAUUAGCGCACCAAGUGCGACGAUCCCGGAUAAAGGGGGGAGCCAUAAAUGUUCAUAGGUAUGCGGUAGCAGGACGACUGCAUCCUACAAAUACUGCAGUCCCUUGUGCAUGGGCCACCCGUAUCUGCUUUUGUCUCUGAUGAUGUUUUCGAGCAGGAAUCCGAAACGUCAGGCUAAUAAAGCUCUUGCCCCAGCGAUCGUGUCUCCUUCUUCAAUGAGGAGGUGUGAGUGGGAGGAGGCUAAGUGACCGCGACUGGGCUGGAUCCACGCAGCCACAGUGAUCUCGACCUCGUGACGGAGUGCGUUUUUGGCUGGGAACCGGGCGGCGUCUCUUUGCCGCGUGAGCGUUACACGUGACAGCAGGGGACCAUAUAAACUUGUCUGUUGGUGGACUUGGUGUCGAACACCCAGGCAUCGAGCAAUUCUCGCCUGGUUUCUUUGCUGACCCGUGCUAUUAUCUACAGAAGUUGAACACUCGUGGCCUUCCGCCCAUAUGUGACACAAAAUGCUGGUUAAUGACAUGCCUUCCAGUGUUCUCUCCUUCAUCUUUAUGACAGGGAGGACCCGGGAAUCGCACAUUGGUCACCACACAGUUUAGCAUCCGACUUCUAAAGAAUACCUCUAUAUUGUUGGCCGCAAACUCCCGACGACAACUGUCAAAAGCCCCUGCCGUUAGUAGUUAGAGCGUAACCCCAUGUCCCAAGUCUCAGCAGAUUUAAUCAGCCGGAGAUCCCGUAAUGGGUAGAUGGCGUAACUAAAGUCUUACUGAAACCUACAAGGGUCAGUUAUAGCAUAUGGGUUGAUGAGCAGGCAACACACGGUAAAAGGGGAAUCUCUCCACCUAAUACUGGCGUUAUUGUGCCAAUUCCUGGAUUCUAACCCUAAACGCAAUCUAAGCCCUAACCAUAAACCUAGCCCCAAACAUAACUUCCCUAGAAUUUGGCGCAAUGCCGCCUAAAUUGCGGGGGUUUAUUAUUUCCGUGACAUAUCGAGGAGCGGAAGUCCGAAUCAACACAAGAAUAUUCUACCCAAAGUAAACUCCAAAACAUUGGCUUUAUUUCCCACCGUUCUAAAAAGUGGAAAGAUCAGAUCAGGGUUCGAUUCAGGAUUCCUUUGAUCCAAAGUAGUUCUCUUGUCUCACAUGUAGAGUUUUCCACGUCUUCCCGGAAGAUCGCUGACUGGUCUUUUAACCUUUCUGGUACACUGUCUUCCCGAUGAGUGAGUAGUGUAGGCGCAUGUCUCAAAAAGCUGGGCUCGAAGAUUGUGCAUCGUUUAUACUUAACAGUAUUAACCUCUCAGGCUAUUUAGUCAUGCGUGUGUUUUGAAGGCAUAAAAUAUUGUACCUUAACGUUUUAGCAUUAGAAGUUUAUACUGCUAAAUAUUCUCAGCGGAGCCGUAUUUGUGAAUCCAGAAUCUAUUAUCACUAGCCCCCUGUUGAACUUACUAGCUGACCAGUGUGAUAAAGAGGUUGCAGCUAAAAUAAAAACAGUCGGAAGUGUGGGAAAUUUAGGCCAACAUGGUCCUUAACGAUCGUCUCUUUUAAACACCUUAAUUUGGCGAAGUUGACAGUAUUGCCCGCUCACCAGUGCCCAGUGUCUCUUUCUUGAAUCCUCUCGACGGACAUCUGGAAAAAGGCUAAACCAUUCUCUCGCAACAAUACCCUUGCCCUUUUGGAAAUAUUCUUCGCUGCAAAAAGCAAAGUUCCCACCCUCACGCAAAUUUGUAAGUUUGCUUUUAUCCUCGAGCCUUAAUGGGAACGGGAAUGCGCUCACCCCAACAGUAAAGUAUAUAUGCGAAUGGCGUAAUUGAAGGCUCCGCCUGACAUGCUUCUGAUAUGUGCCUUAAACACUGAUUGCCUUUUAUCCCCUAGACGAGAGAAAUGAGAAGGCCAAUGCCGCCCAUAUAUCGCAGUCAGAUUGCUUGCAAGAGACUCCGUAAAAGUUCAUAAGACAGUUUAGGUGCCAGGACAUAGAUAAGGGAUUAACGAAGGUGAUGAAAUUAAAAUUUACUAAUUUAGCACGAAGCGAUCCAAGUUUUCUGUCUUUGCUAACCCUGAUUCCCUUUAGUAUUAAUGCUCUACCUACAGUAGGUGUGCUAACUCAUGAAAUGUCAACCAAAAUUUCGAAAUGCGUUCUCGUUUCGAAAAGAUAAACUAAGUGGUGUUGUAAAACUAAUCAUGAUGCAGCAUAAAGCUAUAAUGAUCCAGUUACCCCGGGGUGUCGGCUUUCGAAAGAACUUAUUUUCGGCUGCAUUCAAGAUCCAUACUCUGCAAAAAAUGACUACUUGAGUAGCAUGCAAUUUUCUCAUUGAUUUUCGAUGCCCUAGAAAGUGCAAUUAUAUUUCAUGGAAAACAUGCAUGCAAAUAUUCAUUCUUUUACUUAUUCGGUAGAAAAUCACGUCUUCUUCCAAUUCCAUACUCAACAAAGAGUGUAAUUCGGUUCUAAAAAAGUUUCUAAUUGUGAGAUUUUUAAUACCGUUAAAUGGCCCUUCAUGAAACGUCAUGUACAUGCUUUUACGAAUGUGGCUUGUAAAGUUAACAAUAUUGCUCAAAUCCACUUCUUAAUUUUAUGAACCUCAUAUGGUCUCCUCAUAACACCAUAGAGAAAUGCAUGAAUUUCCGUACACGGAAAAUAUACAGGUUGUAGUUUUGAAACCCUGAAUGCAAGUGUAACAGCAGGUCGAGUUCAAAAUUACUCGGGAAUUAAAAAACUUUUUUAAAACCGAAUUAUAGUCUUCUUUUGAGUAUGAAACUGAAAGAAGACGUGAGUUUCUACCGAAUAAGUAAAAGAAUGAAUUGUUUUAUGUAUGUUUUCCAUGAAAUAUAAUUGCAUUUUCUAGGGCAUCGAAAAUCAAUGAGAAAAUUGCAUGCUACUCAAGUAGUCAUUUUUUGCAGAGUAUGGAUCUUGUAUGCAGCCGAAAAUAAGUUCUUUCGAAAGCCGACACCCCGGGGUAACUGGAUCAUUAUAGCUUUAUGCUGCAUCAUGAUUAGUUUUACAACACUAUUUAGUUUAUCUUUUCGAAACGAGAACGCAUUUCGAAAUUUGGGUUGGCAUUGCAUGAGUUAGCACAUCUAAUGUACAAAGGGUGACCGAUCUCUUGAAAUGUUGGCUGAAAUUCUGAAAUGCGUUUUCGAUUAGGAAGGAAUAUUUAAAAACGGUUGUAAUACUGAUUAUCUUGCUGCAUAAUCCUUUAACAUUUCCGACUCGGCAGGAUGUCAGACUUUGAAUACAAUGCUUUUCAAACUCCCACAGAAACCGUAGCCAGCUGCAAAGGACUAAUUCUCGGCGGUCUUGCAAACUCAAAUAUAAUUUAUGAAGACCAUGAACGAAAGUAUGCUUUCUUUCAGUCGUUUGAUAGGUAAUCAAGUCAUAUUUAGAUUUGAUACUUGAAAGAGGAGUAUAGGUAGGAUUUUAGAAAAGUUUUUUAAUUUCCGAAGAAUUUGGAGCCUGUUCAAUUGUUGCAUUAGCGCUUAGUGAUUUCGGUCUACAAGGUGUAUGCGCUCAGCGUAUAGAAAAUCACAUAUUCUUCUAUGCCUUUAAGAGGAUAUUACAUAGGAUCCAUAAAAUAUUGCAAUGGAUGAAGACCGUAUUUUUCAUUUCAUAAGAAGCAGCGGUAAACGUGCAGGUAAGAUUUUAUAUGAAGGAACAUUGCACGGUCUUAAAAAGCCCAUAAUUAGAAACCUUUUUGAGCAUAAUUAUGCUUCUUCAUCGAAAAAAAACACAAAAAUACUAUUAUUCUCUAUCAAACGACUGAAAAAAAGAAUAUGUUUGUUCAUGUUUUUGUAAAAAAUGUAUGAAUUUGCAAGAACAUCGCAAAUAAGUUGGAAGGACUAGUGCUACUUAAGUAGUUAUCUUUUACCGAGUACUAUUUCUGCAGGAGUUUGAAAAGCAGUGUAUUCAAAAGCCCACGUCCAGUCAAGUCCGAAAUGUCAUGGAAUUAUGAAGCAAAAUAAUCAGUAUUACUGCCGUUUCUAAGUAUUCCUUCCUAAUCGACAACGCAUUUCAGAAUUUCAGUCAACAUUUCAUGAGAUAGGUCACUUACUGUACAUCCCAUUUCAUUGGGAUGCUGAAGCAACUCCUGACAUAAAUGUUUCGAUCGCGUAACUGUGUCUAAAGCGCCCUGACAAAGUGUUAACUUUGCAACACUCUUCGUCCUAGUUCCAUUUACGUUCCGCCCACCUUUUUUUUUCCUUCCACCGAUUAGCGGAUGUCUGGAGAGAGAGACUGGCUGAAGUCACUCAAGCAUGCAAAUUGCUGUCCUCUUUCCCUCCCGUAACAGCGGUUUUUUUCCAUCCUGAACCACUAGAGACACAGUUAGGUUUGCAUCUUACCGUUCACUGAACUCUGAAAGAUGUCCCAUCUUGCGGCCGAUUCAUUUGCUGAAGUUGGAGAAACCGUCGAAUUCCUUAAUUAUCUCCGGCUGAUAAAAAUGGAGCUCUGUUCCUCUUUCAUUCCUUGUGGCGCUAAUUCGGCCGCAGUUGAUUCGAUCAAAACAAGUUGUGAUGCAUAAUAUAGCAGCUACUCGCGGCAGGCAAAUCGAUAUACUUACAGUAGGUUACUAACUGAAAGCCAUAUUUUCCCAAGGUCAACUCUAAGCUUCUUAAUCUGCUGGUCCCGCAGUUCCAGCGAAACCACACCUGAGGCAACAAUGAUUUUGGCAAUACAAACGAAGACGCGAGUUCCAGGAAUUAGUUGAUAAGAAGUAGAAGCGAGCGCUGCAACAGGAGCUUUAUUCGUCCGACGUUUCGGAUUCUCGUUCGAAGCCAUCUUCAGAGAGUCAAAGAUACGGGUGAUCCGUGCAAAAUACUUGCAGUAUUUAUAUGCUGCAGUCGCUAUGAUAUUUUACACCUAUGAUAACUAAUCGCUCUCCCCUAACCACUCACCUAAUGGCAUCGGACGAUGAGACGAAAAAACCCACUGCCACAACGAGAAACAUCUGGAGUCGUUUACCGGAUCUGGUGCAGUUGGGGCAAAACAACUAAGUCGGAGAAGCUGGAAGACUGCUCUGGACGCGACUUGCCAAGCACGCGGUAGCGGUGUGGAGAAAUGACGCCAACUCUCAAGUCGUGGCUUAUUCGACGAGACGCGGCCAUACAUUCAAGUUGGAGGAGGUCUAAAUUCCCGCGAGAGGUGAUAAUCGCGUAAGCCGCUAGUUGCCUGAGUCAUGGUUCGCGGGACCUCAGUCUAUCAAUAAGUGCGACGACAUCCCUACUCCAUAUUCCGUGCUGAGACAUUGUCUAGCCAAGACAAUUAACCACUCGGGGAGCGUGCAGGCUGGUGAGACGGAUGGUUCGAGCCAUCAUUACGUCAGCAUCCAACACGGGUGAUGAGAUUUCAGCAAUUAAAAACUUGCGUGCCGGCCAUUAGGCAAUUAGCGCACCAGCGGGUAGCCAUCCUCAAUUAGGGCGAGAAUGGUUAAUUAUCAUAGGUGCGCAAUAGCAUAGCGACUGCAUUCUAUAAAUACUGCAACUUCCUGUGCACGAACACCCGUAUCUUUGAAUGUCUCUGGUGCAGGGUUGGAGCGAGAAUCCGGAAAGUCAGGCGAAUAAAGCUCUUGUUCCAGAGAUCGCGUCUACUUUUUAUCAAUAAUGCUUUUUCCAGCGCCGAUUACAGGCAUGCUUAGACGUUCUGACUUUUUGCAUAACCUUCGCAAACUUUAUAACGGUGGCAUUUGGAAACAACAAUGCCUAACACAGAGCUGAAUUCUUGCCUUGGAGGAACAUUUAUACUCUAGCACCUCCGUUCGAACUGCUCUGCAGACCUAUUUACUUACGUCUAUCUACCAUUAUCUAUAAGAAUUUGCCUCUUAUUAUGACUAACCUGUUAAUUGUUUUGUCUGUGAUGAAAGGGUUUUACGCAAAUAAAAUGGUGGAAUACCUUUUUAUACGCAGAGUAAAGAGUCGGCCGUGGCGCAAAUUGUUAAAUUUGUCCCAGAAGGAGGUCACCACACCCGCGAUCGCCCUAUAGGCUAACACCCUCUUAACAGACAUGUGAAGUACGCUCGUGGAUUACGUGAGCUAAAAGAAAACCAAAAUGAAUCCAGUAAGGGGAUAACGCAUUGCAGUUUCCCUAGACACUGCUAGCAAAAAUGGAAAAUUAAUUUUACCAGAGUUUUUUCUAUGAAAACAACAGACUCCCCUAAGAGAAGUGUGUUUCAAGGAAACUCCAGAGGCACUCCUCUGGCGUACGUUAAUCGAGAAAAGGCUUUCUUCCCUUUCAACCCAUUAUUCAUGCCAACCCCUCCGCUCGUGGUACUGCGUCAAAAGCUUCCUUUCUGUUCCCAUUUCUUCCAGCUACGGCGAUAUGGUUCCCUCGACAAUAAUGGGCAAGAUUGUUGGUGGACUAUGUUCCCUGUCUGGUGUGCUUGUGAUCGCACUUCCGGUCCCAGUCAUUGUCUCCAACUUCUCACGCAUUUAUCAGCAGAAUCAGCGCGCAGACAAAAGGAAAUCGCAGAAAGUGAGUUGACGUUUCGCUGUCGCCCCUUUUUUCUAACUUCCUCUCAGUCCCAAGUUCCUCCAAUUUUCUCGCGGUUCUUCUCACUUGGUUAGUGUCCUUCGUACUCCUUAAGCCAGAUGCGCGGGCGAUGCCAUAAAAAAGCAAAUGCUUGCUUUCUCUCUUUAUAUCUCAUGGACUGUUAGCUGGAAUACCAAAAUGUGAUUUGAUUCGGAAAGAUUAGUUGCAUAAGAUCGCAAAAUGAACUAUUGGGCAGGAUAAUCCCAAUUUGGUUCUGCUAGGAUAUCGGCUUUUGAAUAAAAUUCUUUUCUGCCGCCUUCAGAGACCGCACUUUAUGAAAAUGAAUUCUUAAUUAGAGUGGAUUUUUCCCAGUGACUUUCAAUUUUCUUUUCAAUUUAGGCAUAUUUGCAGAAUGGCAUUACCAACAAAGACAAGGGAGACUGGAAUAGCCAUUUCUGGCUUAUUAGCCGUUGUCAGCCAGUUAUACCCAGUGGUUAGAGGCGUGGACUUCUAACGAAAAGGUCGUGAGUUCGAGCCCCGAGUGUCCCACGCUUCGGGGUUGGGUAUGACUGCCUGACGACGGCUAAUAAGUCAGAAAUGGCCAUUCCAAUUUCCCUUGUCUUUGUCGGCAAUGCCAUUCUGACUAUAUCAUACGCCGCUGUGCGACUGGUGGUUGGGCUCGAGAGAGAGCCCGUAAGGCACAUGUGAACAAAUGAAUUCCGUAAGAACGAUCGGUGAGCGCCCCUACCAUUAGGCAUAUAUCUUAGGAAAAUCACAGAUAAAAAUAUAUUUCCUUGCACUUAUUUUGUCGGAAAUUAUGUCUUUUUAAAAUUUAACGCUGGGAAUGAGAGAAUAUUUAAGUUUUAAAAGGGCUCUUAUUAUGAGAUUUUUUAAGGCUGUAAAAUAUCCACUCAUAAAGCAUCGUAGCUGCGCAUUUCGCAACGCAGACAAAAACGUACACAAAAUAACGCACAUAGAUUACAACGGCUUGCGAUCCAAAUAUAAGAUAUUUUUAAUAACAUAUAGAAAUAUACGAUUUUCUUUACAAGAAAAUACACAGCUUAUAGUUUUGCAACCUCGAGCUCAAAUGUAACAGCAGGUUGGAUUACAAUUGGACGGAAAUCGGAAAGUUUCUUCACAGCAAAUGAUAGGCUUUCUUUAAGCAUAAAACCUAUAGAAGACGUAGAUUAUAACUAAAUACAUAUGGAAGAAAUGUGUUCUUGCGUGUUUUUAACCCAUAUUUGAAUUUAUAAAGACGACUAGCAUCAAUGGGGAAACUUCAUGUCACUUAAGUAGUUGUCUUAUCGUAUGAUUUUUUCAGGAGGCUUUGGGUUGGCUAAACUAUCGUAGGAUUAUGAUGCAUGACAGUUAGUAUCACGACUGUCCUUAAGUAGACUUUUCGAAUUUAAAGCACAAUGGAAAUCUUGGUUAACAUUUAAUGCGAUCUAAAAUUUACAGAGGACAUGUCUCCGAAGGUUAAGGGGAACAGUAUUUUUGCCACAAGAAAGACCUUUCAUAGCCCGCAUGAACGGGCUUGGCAGUAAUCAAUUAAACAUUGCGCAACCUCUAAAUGAAAGACAAUCCUGUAGGAAUGUAAACGAUAUGGGAAAACUAAACGCUAUUUAGUUAAAUUCAUACGAUAAGCAGCCGAAAAAUGUUGAAAAAAUUACCUGAACGCUGUCUCCGCAAGAACGUCAUGUAUACUGUAGACUUCACUUGCAUCUAUUUCUGCUGUGCUAUAAGGCACGCCACGUCUUCCGCGCAAGUCGACCCAGCGCUUUGGUAGAGAUUUUCAACAAAAUGACAAGCAGGCAUAGUGCUCCUUUUGCUUUUCAGAAAACACUCCGUUUUUAACGUAACACUGUUUUAGUAUUCACACUGCUCAGCAUUCCUUGCCUUUAGGAAGAAGGAUAUCUAAGGCUGAUGCUUAAACCAAAUCGGACAUAUCAAUUUUUUAAAGUAUGCUGCUAUAUGCAAAUUUCACGCACAAAACGUUAAGCUAUUGGAUGUGCAAACAUUUCAGCAUUGUGGCGUGGCCCAACAUUCAUCUCUGAAAGAAACCACGUGUCUCCCUUGAUUUCUGCAAUGACUUACUAGAGCGCUAAAUUUCGUUUCCAACUCUUUACUAUCAAUGCUAAGGGACAUACUUAUCUAUGAAAGAGGAAGGACUCUACCAAACGGAUGUAUAAAACUGUUGACUUUUCGGUGAACUUGGUCGGCUUGCCAUUGUGAAGGCGCUAAAUACAAAAAUUGAACAGAAGUGGAGGUGGCGUCCUCAGUUAGUCGUCGGUAGGUUGACUGACUUUCCUGUUUCGCUGCUUCAACCUUUUGGACAAAUAAAGAAUAAAAGGGAUCAGCCAAGUAGCUGUCUAUUUCGGUAUUUCGCUUCCAUUUCUGUUUGAUUUUUUGUAUUUAACGCUUUAGCAAAGGCAGGCCGCAUAUCCUCUUCGAACCGUCGGCAAAUUUGUGUCUUUUUGUAGAACUCUUUCUGUUUCUCAAAAACACAGCCCGAUUAUGCUAACUUUGUCAAUCUGAACAUAUGCGCUAAUUACAUUUUCACAAGUGCACGCCGAUUUUCUGAUUUUUUACUUGAAAGACUUUACGCGGAAACGAAAUAGUAGUAAUUGUCAGAAGAGGAUGGCCUUAUACCGUUUUCAGGGUACUCGUUUCUAGGCUUAAAUACUCUUAUAGAUUAAAAGGAAGAAUUUUAUAAUUUUUGAACGAAACUGCGUUUCUUCAGGCUACAAAUAUUCUUCGUUGUAAUAACCGGAAAAAGCAGAUGUUCUUUAAAAUGUUCUAGACAGUUAACGUGUACUCUAACACUUCCGAAUAUGCUACUCAUUUGGAAUUAGAAAACCGAAGCACAGUUAAAUAAAUCUCCCAAAAAUCAGAAGUGCUUUAGGCGGACCUUAAGAAAGUAAAUGAGACAACUGCUGAAUUUUACAUAAGGCUUUACUGUGGCCUGUUCAAGAUCGAUUAAGGCAGGCCUAUACUGCAGACAUAAAGAAUAAGAUCGCGCCGUUAUAUUCGCCGCUGGGCUACCCGGACAUAACGGCGAUAAGAGCAGUGGGAAUAUGCAUAGGAAGACAUCUCUUACAUUCCCUCAACUGAGGGAAGAUCUGUGGCCUUUUACUAAAGAUUCACAUGCGGAGGGUGCCGAACAAUGAGCCUAUACAGAAAUUUGUGCAUCAUCGCGUUCUUUGGGAGGGGGGAGCUAAUUCAAAGAAUGUCAUCCUGCCGGGACUAGGGCCGUCAAAAGGCACCACUGUAUUCGAACAAACAACUCUACCGAACAAAGCCUACGUAGAUAAAUAUUGUGAACAGUUCUCGAUAGUGAAUCUGCCCUGGUCAUAUACUUAGUCCUUAGCUUAAUUAGGUAGGGAGUUAAAUGAACAACUAACUACGGAUUUGCUACAUGGUUCGCAUAAUGCAGUAUAGGCAUUAUUUUAAAAUGAACUAGGCCGUAAACUGAUAAUUUAAUUUCCGGAGAAGACUGAGAAUCGCAAAUUAGCUACUUGUUAAGUCUUUACUUAUUGCUUUGCAUAUCUCAAUCUAUUGCCUCACUGCCAAAUAUAGUAACUGAAUGGGGACGUUAGUUGCCUUAUCUAACUUUCUGAUUUCUUGCCGUCAGUCGUCACUCCCCGAGUAAUGACGGAUAGUAUGCAGAAGUAGGAAUAACCAUUAUGUCUACCAGCUAGCAAUUUACCCAUCAUUUUCAAGAACAUUCUGCAAAGGUCCGGUGGGAAUUUGAGUGGCUUAUUGAUAGGAGAGAAUCAGUCAAUUUGGCGGCGGCUGGAUAAAUUAGUUGUUAACAAUACACCGUCCCUUGAGUAACCUCUAUCUGCAAAAAGUGUUGUGCGAAAAAUAUUUUUACGCUCUUAUGUCUAGUUUUGAGUUCCCGCCGCGUUUAUAGCAACCUAAAAAUAGAUUUAAUAAUUACCUUGGGAAAGUAAGAACCCACUUUUUCACUCAAUGCGUCAGAUUUUCUAAUCUCGAGAGAGGGAUAGGUAAGAUACAAUCAGUUCUUUUUUGGGCUAAAAAUUAAUCUUUUUCAUCCCUUUUUCACUUUCACCGGGAGUAUUACUAACGAGGUCCUUAGGUUUUUGGUGCUGCGCCUGUAAAUUUGAAAGACCUUAAAAUAAAUGUUAAGUUCGAAUAAUGAAGCAAUUACCUUGGAUCACAAAUUGCUAUAAAAUUGUGUCUUAAACAAAAGGUUUCGGUUGUUAUUUUCCGGUCAAUGUGCGUCUGCCCACGGGGUUUUAGGGCAAAGCGGCGAGUGUAAUUUCCUUCAAUCACAGAAUACUCUCCCAUCAGAGCAGACAAGAAGUACACCAACGUAUUACGACGUUCAGUGUAAUAAUGACUAAAAUAAAAAGUAGAAGCGAUCGCUGGAACAAGGGGUUUAUUCGCCUAAGGUUUCGGGUUCUCGCUUAAGCCUAUCAUCAGAAACAGUGGCAGAAACCCAUUUUCGUCAAUAUUUACAACAGUGGGACAACAGAAUAGGGGUCAAUUUUUAGUGGAAAGGUGACGUACAGUAGGUGGGCUAAUUCAUGAACUGUCAGCCGAAAUUCCGAAAUAAGUUUUCGUUUUGAAAAGAUUAAUUUAGUAGGAUUGCAAAACUCAUCAUCGUGCAGCAUCAUUCUAUAAUAAUUUUGUUACUAAAGGAUGUCGUCUUUUGAACGAACUUUUUUUCGACCGGAUACAAGGUCUAUAGUCCGUAAAAGUUGACUACAUAUGUAGUAUGCAUUUUUAGCAUUGAUUUUCGAUGGCUCUAAAAUUUCAAUUAUAUUUCAUGGAAAACAUGCAUUAAAAUUCAUUCAUUUGCCCAUUCAAUAGGACAUUACACUUUAUUUUAAGGUUAUAUUCGAAAGCUGGGUAUAAUUUGGCUUAAAGAAUGUUUCUAAUAGUAAUAUGUUUGAAUUCCACGUAAUGGUCGUUAAUAGAAUGCAAUGUUUCUGCAUUUACCAAUGUGGCUUGCAAAUUUAACAAUAUGGCUUGAAUCCGCCGCUAAAUUUUAUGAACUCCAUGCGGUCUCCUCUUAAUACCGUGGAGAGAUAUAUGGUUCUCCGCACACGAAAAAUAUAGGGCUUAUGGUUUAAAAACCCUGAAUGCAAGUCUAACAGUAGGUCGGGUUUGAAAUUAUCCAGGAAUGGGAACAGUUUUUGAAAACAAAAUUAUACCCCUUAUUUAAGUAAAAAAUUGAAAUAAGGCAUAGUCUCCUAUUAAAUGAGCAAACGAAUGAAUUUUUAUGUAUGUUUUCCAUGAAAUAUAAUUAAAAUUUUAAAGUCAUCGAAAAUCAAUGCUCAAAAUGCAUACUUCAUAAGUAGUCAACUUUUACCGACUAUAGUCCUUGCAUGCGGUCGAAAAGAAGUUCGUUCUAAAGACAAAAUCCUGUGGUAACAGAAUUAUUAUAGAAUUGAGCUGCACGUUGAUGAGUUUUACAAAUCUGCUUAUUAAUCUUUUUGAAACGAAAACUCUUUUCGGAAUUUCGGCUGACAUUUCAUGAGUUAGCCCACCUACUGUAAAUAAUAGAUGUUUAAUUUAUGGCACUUUGUAAGUCUCGAAAAAUACUAGGUAUGCCUCUGCACUAUUGUGUGAUUCGUCCCGAAAAUAGAAUACUGAACCCGCAUAAAUUAACCAUGGAUGGAAUUUUUGUCUGUGUGUAUACUUGCUAAUUUCUACUCAAAAUUGGUUGACGUUUGUGGAAGAAAUAUAUGUCAUAUUGCAUAUUGCACUAUUUAGUUAUUAUACGUAUUGUAUAUUAUUUGAAAUCGAAUACGUUCUUUGGGAAAGAGAGAAAACUUUAUUGUGUGUAUAUUGUAUAUUAUAUAUCAUACACAUAUCGUAUUGAUACCGAUACCUCUGGCAUUUUAUCUUGCACCCAUUUUCAUUUAGACUACAUCGUCCUUCGGAUUAAAAGAUUCCAAACUACUUUAUUUUACCGAAUCACAUGCAUAGUUUAUUGGAUGUUAUGGUAUUUGUCUAUCGAUAAUUAAUUAUUUGAAUGUCGUCUAAGUCACAGUUUUUAUGAAAAUCUACGGACUCUCGAUGUAAUGUGAUGAAUUUCAAAUAAUCGGGUUAAUCGCUUUCAGACGUCAUUGUAUAAGUGUGCAUAAAACGUCAGCAGUGCAUACAGCAUAGUGUCAAAUACAAGACAAACGCUCAAAGUAUGCGGAGUAAUUAUACCGGCAAAAUCAGGGGAGCUUUAUUAAAUAUUUCCAGCCUAUUAGCUGUCAUUAGCUAACCAUACUUAACUCCAGGUUGGCUACGCUUGAGGUUUGAACCCGCAUUCUGUUGGCCAGAGGUUUGCCGCCCUAAACACUGAGCUAAGGACUCGCUGUUCUGUCGGUCGCGGUCGGGUAUAUUGUCUGUGGUAGAGUUCUCUCAUCGAGUUCCCACAACGUAAUAAUAAUCUCGACAGCAACCGAUUGAACCACGAGCCUAUGGCGCAGUGAUUAGGUUGUUAAACCUCUCACUAACAGAGAUCGCGGUGGGGUAUGGCUGGUUGAUGACGGACAGUAAGCCAGAACUGGUCAUUCCAGUCACUAUUGUGUUUGUUGGUGUACUUGUUUUGCACACAUCAAUAGGCCAUGCACGACUGCCUGUGGGGUUCCAGAUUGAGCCUUAUAAAACAACUAAGCGAGUGUGUCCCGUAGAACGAUCGCUGAGCAAUCAAGAGCUCACAGAAAUCCUUGAAACGGCAUGUCUUUUAAAAUGAAUUCUUACUUUAAUCGCACAAAUCUGUGAUGCAUCGAUGUUCCGCUCAAUGGCAAAGUGUGAAAGCCUUCAUUUUUAGUUUUUAGAACUAAGCACCAAGAUUCCUAAUAAGUAUACUGAUGCAAAACCCAAUUUUCAGUGAGCACACGACCCGACACACUGACUGUAUAUGUGAUAUGAUUGUCCUCCUGUUUACUUGAGCACAGUGGCUGAUAGAGCCAAUCAAUCGACUACGCGUGCCAUACACACACCUUGUCUGCGCCCGAUGGACAAGGGUUUUACCACGAACGACAAGAGGGCGGUUUAGAUGCACAUUGAGUAGGAGUUUCAUGGGGGUCACAUCAGAAAGAAGUUGCAGCAAUCCUGACACGGGACGUAGGUGGAUAAUGGAGAAGCAAGUGCGGUGGGUACGGGGUAAGUCAACCAUCAUAAAAAUUUAAUGGACGCGCAAGUGACCGUCACUGCGCCAUCCUGCUGUGGGGUACAUGGUGAACAUCAGCGUUUGUGGCCGUCGAACUGGCCUUUCACUCACAGAGUUUAUGUUACUGUCACAGUCGCCAUCCAGAAUUUGAGCUCAAAUUUAUCUUACUUGUGACCUCAACAGAGAGUUCGCUGACUCCUCUUAAAACACUGUAACUGCUUAUCCUUUAAACCCUCGAGGAAGGAGACUCACAUAUGGACAGAUGGUGGAAUAUGAUGCCCGAGUCGAUCUCGAGGCAACACAUAGUUUCUACUCACCAGUUACUGAUUUUGGAGCCUGUGUAGCGAGCUCGUGCAAGAAAUGUAGCAUGACUAGAACUGCCAGUUGCUGUUGGUAACGGACUAAUCGACCAACAUGUGUUGAUUGCCAAAAACGGUGUAAAGACUGUUAAGAGCGUCCAUAAUAUUUAAAAGUCCAAAAAAGGAGUCGUCAAUGAUUCGAUAAUGAAAUUCUACAACAUUAAAAUCUCUUCCCAAUCGAAACUACAACAGGGGAGGCAGGAUUUACGACGAGAUCAAAAGUUCGUCGUUCCGGACAACAAACUUUGGGACAAGGGGGUAACGUUAGCUACUAUAACUUGGCACUUUACAGUAGCUAAUCCCUAUUCAAUUAGUUUUCGACAAAGUGCUGGAUUUCAUUUCACCAGUCGUUGCUAGAAUCUGCCAUUACUCCUAAUGAACUUGGCAAAGCCGUCUCGGUCUAACUGAGAGGCCGAUAUCCUGCUACAAAAAUAUGAUUUUGACGGUUACGAAUCGGACGUAGUCCUUGGUGGAAUGUACACGUGGCAUGAGGUGACAAGACAGUUUGCUUCUGAGAAGGUAAAAAGCAACGGUUUAUUAUCUCUGAGAUUUUCACUCUCAAAAAUGUCAGGCCUCCAGUAGGAAACAUAAGGGAAUAUGAAAGCAUGUCCAAUCUAAAAACGGCUUCGGUUCUAAUUUGUGUCCUGAAGUCUGGCGGUGCAUAAAUAUGUCUGGUUAGAUCGCAGUUGGUAGCCAGGACCCGUAUUACAGGUGGCGGAGGGUUUGUUUACUGGGGCUAUUUUUUGGGGUUCCAUAAUCACAUCUGACCCAUUUGAACUCCGUUUUACGUUUGAAGUUAGGAUUAGGGUACCGGUUAAUGGUUUCCGAUUUUCAGGUUAGGGUUAUGCGUUUAGGCUUAGAUUUUCGCGUUACGGUAAGGGUUUGAGCGUAGGAUUAGGGUUCAGUAUUACGGUUAGUUUUUUCAGUUAGGGUUAUGUCUAAGGGUUACGAUUCCGGUUAAAAUUUCGGUCAGGGUUAGGGUUGCCGAUAGGGUUAACGGAUAACGUUUACGGUCGACGUUAGGGUUAGGGCUAGGGUUAAGGUUAGGAUUAGGGGUAAGGUCGUCGUCGGCCUCCCCAUUUCUGGCUACCAACUGCGAUCUAGCCGUAUAUCUCAACAAUCACUCACUACUUCCCGUUUCCUCGGCUGGGAAUUUUUUUUCUCUUGAUUAGGAUAAUUUAUCGUCAGUGUCCUGCGUGGCAUUUCUGAACUGGAUGUAGUAAAGGUCACUCACUGAGUGGAUGUAGGACUGUGCGUAACCUGACCAUAUCUGUUUCCCCUCUUCUUCGUUACGGAUAGACAGGGGAACUGGACCACACGGCGUCAAGUACGAUUUGAUGCCAAAACGGACGUCGAAGCAAAGUCCAACGUUUGUGAGGACAGAACUACCGUAAAUAAUGGGAUGUUUUAACAAAACUUGCCGUAGCAAGAAGAACGAUAAAAAAUGGCGACUUUUCCGAAAUUUAAUCAGAAGUGUGUUUUGAAAUGAGGGAUGGAUAAAUGACCACUUGAACCUUUCUCAGGGUUCAGCAAGAGCUUUUAUUAUGAACAAAACGCAUCUGUUGCAUCCUCCCAAAGCCCAAACGACCUGACGUAUUUAUUCGCCUGGGUUCCUCUAACCUGUCGAUAGGCGCAAAUAAAGAGCAGAAAUUUUGACUUCAUAACGCGCAGAUAAAUCAAAUCGCUGUUUUAACAGCGGAAUCUGGAUAAAAAGUGACAGAUGACAAAGGAAGUCAUCAAGAUCAAACUGAGAUUCGAGGGCUGUGUGUGGUGAACACGCGAAUGAGAUAAUUCAGUAGUUUUUACCCGUUUGGUGGCAGUUUCCGAAUCGAUUGUUGUGUUUUUUGUUGUCAUGAAACAUAUUGAAAACAAGCUUGAACGUGUUUCUUCACUCUUUAAUCAGCAUAACGAAAAUGCAAACGGAGUAAAUGGGAAGAAUCAAGUGAAUUUGCAAACUAAUCGGUAUUCACCUGCCUUCUGAUUGCAUAAACAUUCAUCUUAUGUUUAGCCGGAUUUAAUGCAUAUGUUCUAGUAUGACGAAAAUGCACAGGGCUUCAAGUGCCUGACGCAAGUGUCUCGAAUUCAGUUGCUCUGCGAUACGCGCAGAAAUAGUUUUCAUUUUGUAAAGAAGAUGAACACAUGAUCUCUGGGACAGCAGCUGUAUUGGUCUGAGCUUUCGGUCUCGUACAGGAGGCCAUCGACAGAGACUGUGAGAAUGCGACAUCAAAUGAGCAGUUUUUGUAGUCAAGCCAUGAAGAGGGGGGGGGUAUGAGUACAGAGGGUGAUAUUCGCGAUAAGGUGAGUCCCACGCUGUUUCACGGUGUCCUGACUGAGUACCCCCUUGGCUGGAAAUUGGGUCUCGCCUCUUGGCCGCGGGAACGAUGCGCGUGAUAGCAGGGGGGGGGUAUGUCAACGUGCCUGUCGAUAGAGUGGGUGCCAGACACCCAGGCCUCCAAUAGUUCUCGCCCUGUCUUAUUUUCGGCCCGCGCUACUAUCAGCGUAUUCGCGAAGUUAAAUUCGUGGCCUUCCUCCAGGGUGUGAGUUGCAACCUGAGACAACGGGUCGCCUCUCCAGACCGCCCGUUUGUGCUCCGUUAUUCGCGAGCUAGAUCGUCGUCUGAUCUGUCCUGUGUAGUGGCGAUGGCAGUCCCAACAUGGGAUCUGAUAGACGACGCCCGAUUGUUCUCCAACAUCUAGGCGAUCCUUCAAUCGCAUGGUCGCUGUCGGACGGUGAGCGAAACCCACGCCGAGCUCUCCAGCGAUACGUUCCAUCGUUUCGGACACGCUCUUUAUAUAUGGUAGAGGGUGCCAGAGUGUUUGCGGCUCUCCUCCGUUUGUUCGCCGUGGGUGUGUGUGAAGGCAGCUGCUGACGAAGUAAAGUUCGGUAGACGUACGUUUUCAAUUACUCAUCAUCAGGCCUGUUCAGUAAUAAAAGAAACAGAAGAAUAGCAAAAAGUAAAAAGCCAAAAAAUUCAUUAUGGGUAAGGAGGUUGAAAGGCGUUCAGAUGUCAGGGCCUAGUUCUGUCAGGGGCUUAGGGAGGCGGAGGAGGAGGGUGUCUGGCGAUUAGCUGUACCAGUUUCAUCGCUGUUACGUGCCGUAGUAGAUGUAAACACAUACGCUGGGAUUGGCAUUGACCAGCGAGCACAAGGCUGGUUUGGCUAACCGUAUGGCCACUGCCUUCGCCGCCGCAGAGGUCGUCCGUAUUGCUAAGGAUUCCUAUUUUGCAUUCUACGCAAAAUUGUUAUAAAACUCGACUGGUGAGUCAAGAGAGCAAUUAAACGCACACACGCUUAAAUACUACGGGGGGGGGAAAGCUAGCAUUAUGGAGUAUGAUAGCGUAGAUUGCAAUGUUGGCAAUCUUCCACUGUGAAAAACGCCGUCGUGAGAUGUUUUAGGAUUUUAUAAGGCGCGAAACAUAAGUCAAUUUAUUUGAAAUCGCGUGACCAGAUGUGGGGCACUGCGGUAUCCGCAGAACUCAUGAAGUAUGAUUUCAACAGCCCUCAUAGAGCCGGUAUUUCGAAUCGUGUUCUAAACACGAUAAAUUUGAGCAAUAGGAGACACAGCAGGGGAUUUUCUUGUAUAACUAGGCCAGAGAAAACAUAUAUUCACAGAGCACAGAUGAUUUUUGAGACAAGGGUCGGCAACCAUUUAAACAAUCGCGGUCACACUAGAUGACAACGUUAUAAAGAACGGAGUUAAAUACACCUUUCCAGUUUAUUUAAAAGAGUGAUAUGUCGCCUGAGUAAUUUUUCUUGCUCCUAUAGGCGUCAAAUGGGCAUGCAAUUCAUUUUCAGAACUUGUUUAAGCAUUAUUUGUGAACAUUUUGAAGACUAGUCUUCCUAAAAUCAAACUGGCAGUCAGUAAGAGAGUCUAGUAGCGAAAGGAUCCGUUUGCAAUACUGCAUCCCAGCCCAAGUGUCGCAAGAAAUUCCAAAAGUUCAUUAUUGUUUUAUUUGUUUAAAAAUUCGCUCUCUGUUGCUGAUGUUGCACUCGGGCUUGGACGCGUAUAUUCAACUGACCAGUCAGUAUAUAUGCGUGUCCGCGGACGCAUGUGUGGUUGAUUAGCCAAGUCCCAAGGCGCCGGGAAUGCUUAACAGGGGCGUUGUUGAUUGCGAUUUUUAAUUAGUGCACUCGACAAAGGUGUGCUACGUUGGGCUGCUUCGGGUUUUAUCGUUUGCGACACACUGGCCUGCAGAAAUCGCCAGUAGACUAAGUAAAGCAGCCAGAACUGGAGUCAUAGGCCAUUAACCAAAGUUAGCGUGGGAGUUUUCGCCACGUAGGAAGACCGUCACGGCGUCGAUUCGAUAGUAUGUAACACGGUGGAGAACGUGAUUAUACUGAGUCUGAAAUUGCAGGAUGGUAAUUCGAAGCAAACCAUCAGCGAAUCAACUGUAAGUCAUGGGGAAGAAUAAAUCCGAUCAGAACAGAGUUAUUGAAAGAAAAAUGAAAUAAAAAAGCGUUGGAAUUACCGCUAGAUACACAUGUGUUUUUUUACAGACUGAACUUUUUUUGCGGAAGUCUUCCUUCUGCCAGCGCUAUUAAGCAAUGCGAAAAUAACGUUUUUGGUAUCAUUAUAAAAUGCCCUUUUCCAUCAUGCAUAGUUGCUGGGACAUUUUGAAUGCACAGGUUUCGCAACUUACUUUUUUUCACCAAAGGCACAUAUGAAGGGAGAAAAUAACUAUUUUUUGCUUGAUGCAAAUACCUGAAAGUGGUACGCGAAACUCCUACUGCAGACUGGCCAUCCACAUUUGGCUAUCAUUUUGAAGUGCUCUAAGUCGUUGCACUGAUUCUGUUUUAGGCCUGGUUGGACAGUUUCUAUUUCAACAGUCUGUGACUAAGCAAAAUGAAUUAACCGACCCCUCCAUACUACUGAAGGAUUUGUUGUGGUGGAGCAAGAGGUCGGUAGGCGGCGAAAAUAAACCCCUGCAAUCAUGACUUUGGAAAAUAAUUUAGUCCUCGCUCAAGACCUCAUACUAAACCAGUCUCAGUUGAAUCGAUUUUGGAUUUGCAAUUAGCACAGUGUAUGUGUUCACCUUCCAGCGAUUGCAGUCGCCGAACUGCUGAGAGAGCAGUUGCAGAUAGAAGCGAAAGGAUGCGUUCCAGGAUGCAGUGCAGAAGGUGUAAUCGCUGAGGCAAGAAGUUUAUUGGCCCGACCUUUCGGAUUCUCACUCGAACUCAUCACCGGAGAUGUUCACAGGUAAGGAUAGUGGAGGCACAAGGAUUGCAGUAGGUGUCGGACAGAGUGGCCGUGCAACCGCAUGUCCACUCUGCUCAACAUCAUCCGCGUACAUCGAUGCGGAUGGGGUGGGGGUCGUCGUCGGAAUUAUCGAUCGCCGGCCAAAGGACCAUGACAUAACAACUUGCAGCUUGCGGCCUUGUCAAGCACAAAGGUAUGAGCCGCUAAGAAUAUCAAAAUCACGGCCGGCAAAGAAUCAGCUGCGAAAUAACAGGCAAUCCUCACGUCAUAUGCGACCCCAGCGGCUUAUUAGAGUAGGCCUGGGGUUGUAUUUUCAUUGUGUCGUAUGAAUACCGCGUUCCUCAUGUUUCGGUGGCCCUUGUCUGCCACUGUUCCGAUGAUGGAUUCGAGUGAGAAUCCGAAAGGCCAGGCUGCUGAACUUCUUUCUUAGAAGAUCGCAUCUCCUCGUAAGUGAGGAAUGUGGUAAUGUUUCAUGUCAACUCUGGAAGUAAUUUGUUACUUUUGCGGCAGGAUAGAAUUAAUUAUAUACCAAAUAGUAUGUAGACAGAGAAGUACCGACGAAGACAGCGGAGACUGAUGGCCAAUUCUGGCUUAUUGGCCUUCGCCAAUCAGACCCACACAAUGGCAGCUUUGCAGAACCUGUGAUUCGAACCCGGAUUCCUUGUCUUUAUCACUACUUAUCAUAUGGUUUCAUGAUUUGUUGCUAUUCAACUGCCUCAAGAGCUCCAUAUUUAACCCCACAUUAAAAUGGGCCGGGUAUGUUCUGUGACGUGGCCGCCGAACAUGGUUCCAAUGUAGAUUAAAUAUGAUAUUUUGUACUAAUAAAUCCUAACAAUUAGACCAAGUAAGUUGCUCUUACAGAAGGUGCAUUACGAGCCUGUUACGUCGGGAGUCUAAUGUUAGACUUAAACUCCGUUCUCCAUGCCACACACAAAUGAACCCGGCUCCCACCUACAGGGAGCCUGAAACGGAUAACUUAAUAUUUUAUUCGAAUCCAACAGUUCACCAUUCCACUAAACACAGGGCUCACCAGUCCGCCACAGUUUUCUUUUCCAUUGUCUUUUCAAAUCUCGUAUUGGCCGUCCACUUUGCGCGUACUAGUCGGCAAGGCGUUGACAUAUUUAUCAGAUCUCAAAUAUAGAUACAAUUAGAUAGUUCGUGAAACGCUAAUCGAAAUUCUGAAAUGCGUUUUCGUCCCGAAAACAAUACCUAGGGAGGGUUUUAAAAUUAACCGUCGAGUAGCAUAAUUCUAUAAAUAUUCAGUUUCUGCGAGAGGUCGACUCUCGAGCGAAACUCUGUUGGGCCGCAUGCAGAAAUCACAUUGUACAAAAUGACUACUUAAGUAGCAUGCACUUUCCUCAUUGAUUUUGAACGCCCUCAAAAAUUCAAAUAUAUUUCAUGGGAAACAUGCAUAAAAAUAUUUGUGCUUUUGAUCAUUCGGUAAGAAAAAACGUCUCCUUAAAAUUUUAUACUCGACCGAAUGGUAUAACUCGGUUUUAAAAAACCUUUCCAAUUCUAAUUUACCACUUUAUAACCAACAUCAGUGAAUGCAAAGAUGCGAUGUUUUAUAAACGGACAUUUCACGGUAUUUAAAAAAAUGUUGUAAUAAGAUGCCUAUGUGAAACCGAGUUCGUGCAACGUAAGUAGCCAUUUGUAACAAUCUUGUCUCUGUAUGUGGCCCGAAAUAAGUUCCCUCGAAGGCUGACACCUCUAGAAAACUGAAUUUGUGUAGAAUUAUGUAAUUUUAAAACCCUACUUAAGUGGUCUUUUCGGGACGGAAACGCAUUUCAGAAUUUUGGUUAUCAUUUCUUGAGUUAGCACACCUACUGUACUCAGCCAUCACAGCAAAUGCCGACACAGCGCUUCUUACUUUCACCAUCCUAGCCACAGCUGCAAGCACGCAACAGCCAGCAUCGUACACAUCUGUCUUGAUUGAGCAACGCCCAAUAAGUAGCCCUUCCGUCAAGUCACGCAUCGUGGGCAUUAGUAGUUUCCUCCUCAGUACACAUUGAAAACUGUAGUUUUACAAACAUCCGGAAAAUAAUCGUUGAGAAUGUACAAAAUAAAACUAGGCCAUGCCCAGAGCUGGGUAUCCCAAUUUCGAUCUGCGUGUAAUUUUUAUCAUUAAAUGUUUAUCCAGUUAACCGCAACUAGUAUGUUCUCGCCUGCUUUCCUUAAACAGAAAGCGCGAAUUGAACGGAUAAACCGAAAUGAGGCAACCGUGACUGGCGUGCACUCAGCAGCCUCCCACUCAUCUGAUUCUUUUUACGAUUUCGGAGAUGACGGAGGCGGUGGUGGCGACGUCUGUCCCUUAGAGCAAAAGUACGGCAGCGACGGGGAGGACAACGACUCCGAAGGGAGCAGAAAUUGCGCUGACGCCGCGGCUCGGUUUCAACAGAAGAAGGCCAAAGAGGAUGCGAGGCGGAGAGGAGACCAGGAAGCCUCACCGUCCGGGGAGAGCACGGGCCAAGCCGCCAGAUCUGUUGCUGCUGGGGCGUUGAUGAAGGACAGACGGAAGAGCCGGGGUAGAAGUCGGGGGGAGAGUCUUGCGCGACGGAAUCACAGUCCCCUACCGGCGGUAGACCACCGCGCGUUCAUUGCCUCUCUCGCCUCGGCCCACGGAUUGACUUCGCGAGUAAACCGUGCUCAGCUGAUUCACCUCUUUCUCUGCCUCGAGAGGGUGGCUGUAAGUCUCUCUUUCUCGGCCGUCACUCGCAUGCUUCACUGUUGUUGCGGGUAUUACACCACCGCCUCACACCUCCCAUCCACCCACCAUUUUCUGUGCGUUUACAGACUUCGUUUUAGCUUUUUUGACAUCUAGAGCAGAGGAUCUGCACGUGAUGGCCGGAUUAUAUGAGGACUAGCCGCGAGUUGAGCGUUCAUAUGCCAUGCGUUUCCGAGAUUAGGGCUUAAUGCAGAAAGCAAGUUCCAUUAUUUGGCAAAGGUAAACUACCCAACAAAUUAGUUUCUGAAAUGCUCUUCUUCUUAGGUAUGGGAAAAAGCUUUGUUUUUUCUUAUGUCAACGGUAAAGGAAUUUUAGGUGCAAGGGAAUGACAAUUUUUUAGCCUAGUUGCUAAAAAAUUGCGGUCUUUCUGACGAAGUCUAAUAGGUUUGAAAGAAAAAAUUAAAACAAAAAGUGAUAAAAACAAAACAUACAACAGACGUACUAUACAAAGUUCUUGACCAAAGGAUUUUUUAAAACUGGUAAGCAAAGAAAUUUAUGCAAAAACCAUGCCUAUCACUAUGAUCACCAUAGAACAUUGUUUCCUGUCAGCGAGUCAGGCCGUUGAAUCGAUGCUAAUAUUCAAAAUAUUAAAGAAGACACUAUGACGGAUCUUACUUCACUUUGCAGUGUUCCUCACAAAAAUAAUCCAAGAUGUGUAUAAACAUGCAAUUUCAGAUCUUUUGCAAUUUUGCAUGAGAAACAGUUUAAUACGAGAUCGUACAGCCUCUGUAAAGACUCAUUAUGCAUUAUCGUAAGCGGAUGUUAGCUUUUUAAAGAGGAAGGACUUUUUUAGCGCAAUUCCAAGAAACAGAAUGGAAAGCAAAAUACUUCUAGGUCGGAUACUACCGGACCUCUCACUUUCAUCUUCAAUGAGCCACAAUCCGGCCCCUGUGCAAAUAACUCCCGUAAUUCAAGUCAUGACUGGCGUUUUAUGCGUUUUUCUGUGGAUUUGUCUGAUAAAUCCCGGUUUAUUCCCUCAAAAUGGAUACAUCCAAAACUUUUUCAGGCUUCCCGCACACGCAGGCAUAUCUUCUUUGUUUUUUGCAUUGUAUGCAAAUGAUAUAUCAGUAUAAGCGUACUUAUUUUUCACAGUCGCUUAAAACUGAUAGUUAAAAUGUGCCAAAAACGCCCUUAAAUGUAUUUGAACCCGCAGAUCAUGAAGUACAAUCGGAUCCUUUAUCUAUUGUUAAGAGUUCCAAACCGAACGUUAUGCAUCUAUUAAUAAAAACAUAUAAAUACACUUUUGAUAUUUCUACUAAGAGGAAGUUUGUUCUUUAUAUAUUUAAAGGUCUUCCGGUCCUGGGUUGAUGCAUGAUUGGUUGAUACUAACAACUGAAAAAAUAUAGUGUUCUGCGUUCUUAUUAGAGAAACAAGUAAAACAUAGCGCACUUUUCGUCUCCUCCAGAAGGCCUGCAUUUGGUAGAAAACUGUCUCGUCAUUUAACCUUAAAUUUUGAAGUUUAGAAACUUAAACGACGCGUAUUCUCGAAGCAUCUUUAACGACCUAUCAAAAUAGGUCUAAAGCGGAAGGUAUAAGACCAAUUUUCGGAUGCUCCGAGCAUAAAUAAUUAAACAAACACCUUCUUAGCUCUUAGAGACUGUGAGCUAGUGACCGACAUAAACAACCUUUUUAAACACAUUGUUGUUAUUAUGCCUUUGUUGUUCUAAGCUGAACAGAGGCUUAGCAGAGUAAGUUGAGUUUUGGUCGAUUCAUUAGAAAGUUUAAAUUAUUUGCAUGGUUAGUGUACGGAAGGCGACCCAUCAAAUGCUUUUCUCGGAAUUCUCUCUUAAUUGGCCUAGUCUCCUCCUACCUACCGAACCAUAAUACCCUUAAACCCUAAUCCUAUGGGAUUUCCGAUCAAAUAUGUUCGAAGAACAAGCCGGCAGAGGAAGCACCUCAGUUGCUUUCAAAGGACAUUUGAAUAUGGACUUGACUGACGGUGAACCGGCUGUAGUGUUAUUUACAUAUCUGGCUUGCAGUAAAACUGGUCAAGUGCGUAAAAUGUUUAAGAUCAAAAUUGUUUUGAGAAGUUUAAAUGAAUUAAUAAUCCUAUAUAUUGUAUCAGAAGUUGCAAAUAUCACAGCGCUAAAUACCCUCAAAGAAACCCGCUAUAAUACCGAACUUUAAAGACUUAUUUUGAUUUCAUCGAACAGUCCAAGGACGUCAGGUUUGUCUGGGGAGGUUAGGUUCCACUGCGAUAUUUUGUUGCUAAGCAAUGUACAGUAGGUAGCUAACUCAUGAAAUGUCCGCAAAAAUUCCGAAAUGCGUUUUCGUUUUGAAAAUAUUAAUUAAGUAGGGUUGUACAAUUCGUCAGCCUGCAACAUAAUAUUUCAGUUGCCAAAUGAUGCCGGCUUUCGAACGAACUUCCUUCCGGUUGCAUGUAAAAACUACACUCUGGACAAAAUAACUAUUUAAUUAGCUUGAAUUUUCCUCAUUGAUUCUUGAUGCCUCUGAAAGUAUAAUUAUAUUUCAUGGAAAACUUGUAUAGCAUAUUCAUUCUUCUGCUGUUUCGGUAGAAAACAACGUCUUCUUCCACCUUUAUACUCACAGAAAGGACAUAAUUCGGUUUCUAAAAGUUUCUAAUUGUGCCACUUUUAAAUACAGUGAAAUGGCAGUUCCUAAAUCGCCAUGUCUUUGCAUUUACCAAUGUGGCUUAAAAAGUUAACAAUAUGGAUCCAAUCCACUGUUAAAUUUUAUGAAUUGUAUGUGGUUCCCUUUUAUUACCGUAGAGAAAUUUGUGGUUUUUCGUAUGCGGAAAAAUCAUGGCCUGUAGUUUUGAAACCCUGAAUCCAAAUGUAACGGUAGAGCGGGUUCAAAAUUAUUCGGGAAUUGGAAUUGUUUUUAAAAACCAAAUUAGACCUUUCCUUUGGGUAUAAAAUUGGAAGAAAACAUAAUUUCCUACCGAAAGAGCAACAGAAUAAAUAUUUUUUUGCAUGUUUUCCACGAAGUAUAAUCGGACUUUUAGGGGCAUCGAAAAUCAAUGAGAGAAAUUCAUGCUACUGAAGUAGUGGUUUUCUACAGAGUGUUGUUUUUGCAUGCAGCCGGAAGGAAGUUUAGUCGAAAGCUGGCAUCCUAAGAUAACUGAAAUAUUAUAUGAUUAUGCUGCUUAAUGAUUAGUUUUACAACCCUGCUUAAUUUAUCUUUUCUAAAUAAAAACACAUUUCGGAAUUUCGGUUGACAUUUCAUGAGUUAGCCCGCCUACUGUACCUAGGUAGCCUCUUAAGAGACAGACUCUUGUAAAAUGAACGACAGACUACUGAAACAAGCUAGGUUUGUAGGCCACUUGCAUUAUUGGGUUAUUUAGCAUGGCUAGUCGGGAUCCGAACCACGGAUGAAUCCUGUGGAAAAUGUCAUUAUUCAAACGUAGUCAGGAUAGAGAAGUGACACAAAGUCCGUUUAAUCAUUCGAAGCUAUUUGGUAGGCUGGUUUGUGGCAUUUCGCAAAGGAUGGUUUAUUUUUCUAAGCCAUAGAAGAAACGCAGUUCACUGCCUGGUUUGCUUUUUUAGAAGUCGAAACAAAUUACAGUGGCAUCCAAAAAGGCCCUUAAUGCAUCAUCCCGGGUCCCAACAGCAAGUAAUGCUACCCGACCCCCCGCGUCCUCUAGCUAUAAACACGCAAACUGCCUGCUUUAUCCACCCUCUCCGGGACGGUUGGAUUUACGCGUUAAACAAAAUUCUCCAGCAGUAGUUUACCAGUAUAUACCGAUUGUCAGCAUAUUAAAAGCAGAAGCUACAGCAGCAAACUGCGGGCAAAUUCUGUGUCAGCGGGGGCUAGAACAAUCCUUCUAGAUCUAUCCUCAUGGGUUCAGCACGGCAACGUCUUCAGUCCUAAGUCAGCCAAUCCAACAGUCGAUCUAAUAUUGGGGAAUCGUUGAUUUUCCGAGGUCCCCUAGACACACACACACACAAGCACACACAAAGCAAUUCAUUUGACCCAACUGCAGCAAAAUUGGCGUUCUCGAUGGGAUUCCAUCUCUGAUGAUGGAUUCGAGUGCGAAUCCGAAACGUCAGGCCAAUAAAGUCCUUGUUUUAGUGGUCGCAUCUUCAUCCCCUGGGGUUUAGUACUGCCUGCACUUUAACCGCCCGACCGUGGGCCCUGCGUUUGAUCAUAUCUGAGUAAAUUCCCCCCCCCAUCCCAACCAAAUGCAGCGUACGGAGUCCAUCGAGACCUCCGAGGUCGACUGAUAAUGCAUAUCAAUCUAAACUAUGGUCCUACCUUAGGAGAGUAAUUUUGUUCACAGUGCCAUAAUCAACAAGUAGAAUACAAGUUAUUUUUAAAAUACUGAUUCGGUUUUGUUUUGCGUCAAUUUACUUGGUUGAAUCGAUAAUAUCCUAUUUAGUAGCCGCAUCGGUUAUGGGCGAGUUAGGGAGUUAAUGUUAAAUUCCCUAUUACCACCGGUCCCAUAUGACAGGCGGCUGGGACUUGUCUAAUGCAGGUGCGACUACGAAAAAAGAUCCGACCUUGAAAUCAUUUGGUGGUUUAGGAAAAGGUAAAUGUACACGUCGUAGACCUGAAUGCGUAAGAAUAGGUUUUCAUAUAUCGAGGAUGGUUGUAAAGAAGGCCAUGUCUAUGAUAACAAUAACGGCAAGAAUUGUGAAUUGUUUUUGGCGUUAUUGCAGCUACAAAUCCACCAACCAUGCUCCCAAAUGUCCGCACCGCCUAAUCCGCAGGCUUCGGUAGCCAUCACGUUGAAAAGACUGCAUUUUCUAUAGCCAUACAGGCUCGUAUUAUUUCGCAAGCCUGCAUAUACCACAAUUGCCUCCCGCGCUAAAUAACACCAGACAAUAUCAGUUGCAGCUUGUAAGCUGAAGUCUAUUAAUAGAACAAGUCCUUCUAUAAUAUGGUCCCGACGGUCUAAAAUAUGGACUUUAAAUCAAAAAGUACACAAUGUAGGAUGGACCUGCCCAGGCCGAGAGACAAAUAGGUCGCGUCGGACGCUCCAUUAACGUUUUCAGGGGGAAUGUACCAAACAAUUCGACGUGCGUCUACCAGUAUAAAUUAUGGACUGUUGCGUCUGAAAAGUAGCUACAAAGUAGCUGACAAAUGUUUAUGCCUUCUUUUCAUGUUAAUGUAAUAGUAUUUCUGUUGAAAUUUAACGAUAUUUCUUGGCAAACUUCUUCGGGUAUACCAGUUUGGCGUUUUAUCAAUAGAAACUGGAGAUGCAAUGGAGCUCUUUGGCCUGAAGACUGUUCGUAAAUAUUCCUUCAUUUUGCAAAAAACGAGUCUUAAUAUUAUUAACUGAUGCAGUUCUUCAAACUGUUGGAACUUUUAAAGCCAGAACUUCGGGGUCGACACGCUCAGUUUUCCUUUAAUUUACAAAUAACGCAGGGAACGUUCCUUUCUACAAACUGAUGGUUAAGGGGUGUUUAAGAGGCAUAAUUAGAUGAAGUUUUAGAAGCAUUGGCAUUUUUUUGGAAUGUCCAAAAAGUACGACGAGAAGUUGGUAUAUUAUGCACGCUGCGGAAUUGAAAACAACUAGUCCUAAAAUAUUUACUUUGGGCGGAAUUAAAUAUGCAAGCAGCUUCCCAUGAAUUUGCGCGUGCAUAUCUAUUUCAAGAGCUACAAGGUUAAAGUUAAAAAAUGGGAGGCACUGCGCCAUUUUGAGUGGAGCAUCUAUUUUAUGAUUUUCAGAUCCCCAGUGAUGAGAUAAUCCUAAAUGUCUACGUAUAUCGACAGAUUUUUAGAUAGUUGCUUAGUAGACAGAAGAACUCCUGAUGUUUCGAGCUAGCAUGUAUUUUCGGGCCUUCGGGCAAAGGCGCUGUUUCUGCUGUGAACUAUGUCCUUGCGUGUAUGUUUGGCUUGGACGUCUUCCUAUAUCUCUUUGUUUUACGAAUGAUUAUGCACAAUCCCUAAGUAAUGACCGACUAUUAUGUCAUAAAACCAAUACCUAGACUGUAUAUUUGAGACAAACAGGCAAAGGCGAACAUUCCUCUGAUGAAUGCUACCGCAGACAGGACUUAGAGUAAUGAAAUUAUACUCACCUCCUUAUUCUAAGUCAAAAGAGGAAAUAUUUACACUAGGAUGGCUAACUCAUGAAAUGUCAGACGAAAUUCCGAAAUGCAUUUUUGUUGCGAAAAGAUUACUAAGGCAGGGUUGUAAAACUAAUCAUCAGGCAGCAUAAUUCUAUAAAAUCCAGUUAUCUCAGGAUGCUUGAUUUUGAGCAAACUACUCUUGGUUUGCAUGCAAAAAUAUACCCUGUAAAAAAUGACUAAUUAAGUAGCAAGCAGUUUUCUCAUAGCAUUUCGAUGCCCUUAACAUUUGAUUAUAUCUGAUGAAAAACAUGCAUAAAUAUAUUCAUUCUUUUGCUUAUUCGGUUGAAAAUGAAGUCUUCUUUUAAUUAUUUUACUUAAGAUGGAGAUGUAGUUCGGUUUUCAAGAACCUUUCCAAUUUCCGACUAAUUUUUAACCGGACUUGCCUGUACAUUUGCCUUCAGGGUUUCCUAACUACAAGCCGUAUAUUUUCCGCAUACGGCAAACCAUACAUUGCUCCAUGUUAAUAAGAGGUGACCAUAUGGGAUUCAUAAAAUUUAGCCGUGGAUUUAAGCCCAAUUGUUAACUUCACAGGCCACAUUGUGAAAUGCAGAGACAUGACGAUUUAUGAACGGCCAUUUCACGCUAUGAAAAAUCCUACAGUUGGAAACUGUUCGCAAAUCGAAGUAAACCCUCCUUUCGGCUACCAAAUGGGAGGAGGACGUCAGUUUCUACCGAAUGAGCAAUAGAAUGGAUAUUUUUAUGCAUAGUUUCCAUGAACUAUGAUUAAAUUUUUUAAGAGCAUUCAAACUCACUAAGAAAAAUGCAUGCUACGUAAGCGGUCAUUUUUUGUAGAGUGUAGUUUUUGCAUGCAGCCGGGAAGAAUUUCGUUCGAAAGCCGGCUUCCUGUGGUAACUGAAUUAUUAUAGAAUUAUGCUGAACGACAAUCAGUUGGACAACACUAUUAAGUCGAUCUUUUCGGAACGAGAACGCAUUUUGGAAUUUCGGUUGACAUUUUAUGAAUUAGCCCGCCUUCUGUAAUUUUGCACUUGCAUUCGACUAUGCGGCUAUCUUCCAGAGUGAAAUCAGCCGAAGUUCUGGCGAGCGCUUCCAUAGAUUACAAACGUGUUUAAAAAGUUGGUCGUCUCUUGCACCUAUUUGAUCCCGAAUCGGCCACUGACUUGAGACAACAAUUAGGUGUCUGAUCCUGAAACCGGUCUUGAGGCGAAACUGUCAAUGUCGUCUCUUAUGUCCAGCAGAGUUUAGGUGAAACUUACUACGUUGAAGAGACCGCUGAAAGAUUGUUGACCAUAUGAAUGAGCACGUAAGAGCGCUGGUAGCAGAAAACUGUGGAGUUCCUGGACAUAGCCUCGGUUUCACGGACUCCUAAAUCCUGGGUCGAGAGCGUGACAAAACGUCUGGAGAGACGCCUAUAAAGGGCUACGUGUGCAGUUCAGCAAGCAGGACCACGGACGGAAAGUCAGAACAGACAAGGCGGUAACGACCACAGAACGAAGGAGGACACGGGCGGCCGUGGACAGAUAUCUGACACGAACGCAAACAUACGAGACCUCCUGUCAGGUCUGGAGACAGGCGAACGCGAGCACACGUCGGGAGUUAUCUAAAUAACCCGGAUCGCCAGCGUGAUGACACCAGAAAGGUCAACAGUGGCGUGACAACCACCGAUCACACGCUUGCGCACCAGGUGUGAAUGAAGGCGAGAUGAGCGAACCGCAGAAAAUAAGAAUGGACAAUGCAGACGAGAGCACUGACCCUUGUCCUCUCGAUGACGUCCCCACCUCCAAAGAGGGUUGUGGGGGGAACCUUCUACCCGCAUGGCAACGACCGCCUACACCACAUUGUCCCCCUCGUAGAUGACCAUGUGACCAGCGGCAAGCCAGCUCGAACAACACCCACUGAAAGCUGCAAAGUUCUGUCGGAAAUUGGCCUUUGACGAUGGAAUGUUAUUUGCUUUUAAAACGUCAAAGUAAUAAACUAAUGGUUCCCGUAAUUACCUUACAUCUUCAGGAUGAAAUAUGCACAGUUCUGUUUUCCUAGAAAAAGUAUGGCCGAAUUCUUUGGUGAUUAGUCAGCCCUUAUUUAAGCCUUAGUAUUGGGGGCGUGGGUGCUCCGACUGAUCAGUAUACUAACGACAGAGUGAUUAUUUUGUUCUCCCUUAUAUGUUAAAAACGAGCUUAGUUUACUGGUAGCUUAUCUUUGCACAACCGAUUGCGUAUGCGACGGCUUAAUUAACGGGUGAAAAAAUGCCCCAGGGGUUAGAGUACAGGACUUCUGCGUCAGGAAUUGAUACGCAAGUAUCCGAAGACGACUAACGCAUCCGACGUAGCCAUUCAAGUUUCCAACUCCAUUGGUGCUGAUAACCGUUUUCAAGGAAAAUUAUGUUAAAAGUUCAUAGAUUACGAUGCAGUACUUGACUUAUAUCGUUUCCCCUCUCGCUAUGGCUCAGGUUUUUUUCUCAAUACAGCAUUCUCACAUGAAAACGGUCCACUUUCUGAUUUCAGAACCGUGUCAUCCUUCUCAAGGUCAGUAGGGUCCUCAAUAUGGCACACUAAAACAGAAACCCUAAAUGAACCGUCUGCCUUUCCAUAGUCAUGGCUAUCACGCCGCUUUCCUAAUCCUUUAAGAGACAUCAAGUAGUCAGUAGUCCUUGGCAGCUUACUGGUAUGCGCUUUAACAGUAGGCAUGACUUCGAUUGCGGACUUCAGUAUUUGCCCGCUACCUGACGAACGUUUAAAAGUACACACUUGGACUGCCGGUGAAGGAAAUUAUAUGUUUUGAACUGAAUUUGGCCCCAACUGCGUAGGUCCCUUGCGGAGAUAUAUAAAGCAGGCCAUACAAUUCCCUCCCCCACUCUCGAAUAAUAUGCCUGCACAGUGGAACAAAAAUUCGAACAGGGGCAGUUACAGGUUUGUGGCUGAGGCUUGUGCUGGUCUAUUCAGACUGUCAGAUAAAGCGUUGAUGCAAACGAAUGGAACCUUAAUCAAACUACACAAGUCAGCAAUGGGCGCUCGGGGAAUGUUGGCUAUUUUACACUUCCAUGUAGGACUCCUAUCUUCUGCAAUUUCAUACUUCUGUCCAACACAGGAUCGACAACUUUCUCCAGCUAUUGAGCCAGUGAAACAUGGUCCGAUUACGCAUGGUUCCAACUACAAGAAGCACGGUCUGGGUAUCAGGGUUAGCAGCGCCAGUGAGACAUGCAUCCAUCAGGCGGAGACCCUGGAGGCAGUAUCCCCAAACAGUCUAUCAUCCAGCGACUAUCCCCCGGUCUCCGGUCCUACGGAGAGCAGACAGUGUUCCCGCCUGAGGCGUUACUGUCUUCGCUGCUGCAGCCAUUCGAGGUCAAAGAAAGCGACCAACGGCGAAUUGCAGGUAAUAAAACGCCCCCAUACUGUGAUAAACCAGCUGUCUACCUCUGUAAAGGCCGUCCUCGAGAUAAAGGGAUGAUUUUUUCAGACUAAACAUCCCGUUCGCGUCUACAAAGAAUAACCUCUGUGUUACGUACACUGAAUGAUAUAACAAGUAGGACUUACCCGGACGUUGGAGUUUACGCUUUGAUUAUUCGAAACCACCUAGGUUCUCAUAUCACAUUUCUUGUGAUAAGAAAAUGUGGAGUGAAAUAUAUUCAUAAGUGGCGUUUUUGAAAAUUGAUCAUUGCGAGUUGAUAAUAGUCUAGAAAGCCCACCCAAUCUUUUUGAGAAAUGACAUUGUUGGAUGACAAAUACCCAAUGUAAUGUCAGACAGUGCGUUAAUGUCUUCGGGGUUCCAUAAAAAGGAGAUGUAUAAACAAAAAACUGCGAACUUGGUAUCUAACACACGAGUGUGCUAAGGCAGCUGAGAUUUUUUUAUUCGUGUUCAGGUCCAUUGUGCCUUCCACAGAAUAAAAUAAACCAAUCUGGUUCUACAAAUUCUUUGUCCGAGUGAUUAUCCCACUUAAGGAAGAAAAACAUAUUUUGGCCAAAGUUUUGGAGUUUUUUGUUAAAAAUUAACAUACCUGAUCACCGAGCUGGACAGAAAAGUCGAAAAACUGUGAGUUAAUUGGUGUUUUGCAAAUGACACCCUUUCUAUUGCAAAAGUGAACCAGGAGACUUUGCUCACACUUGCAACCAACCAAAACAGCUUUAGGUAAGUGCACAAUGAUUGUUAAACGACGUUUGGACACAUGUUGUGCACACCAUUAAUCAACAAAAUUCUUUACUAUAUCGGGUGUUUUCAUGAUAUUUACUUCGAUCGUCAAAGUAUGUUUGUGAUCCGAGGACACCAAUACUGUAAACAACAACGUUUUAAGGUAGGAUAACCGCAUUAGUAACCAGCAAAAUUUAUUGAUCAGGCUAGAAAGGUGAAAUGGCUUCCUAUUCCGUAAUAAAACUUCUUUAAAAUUUCUUUAUGUGCCAUGUGACAAGUAAAAUGCGCGAUCAAAUAUUUCAACCAUUGGCAUAAUGCAGUGUUCCCUAUAUUUCUGAUGAAAUAAAUCACAAGGGUCAUCUGUUUUAUGACUUAUCUGUCGGGAAUUUCUUGCGAGUUAUAGCUCAAUUAAUUUGGCCUGGCAUCAACUAAUUCAAUUCUCUGCACAUAUAUUUUCUUAAAACUAAAUAUUUAGCAAACGACGCAAUUCAUAAAAUUAUUUCACGGAUUUUAGUGUAUCCAUGGCUCAAGCCCAGAAACGAUGCAGGAUAUCACUCCAAAGCAAGUUUGAAAUCAGUUUUUUAUAAAUCAUCCUGCAAUAAAGAAUAUUCUGCCAAUUUUAGGAUCAAAUACCUCCUAUUCAAACGGCCAACGAGAACCCAGCUCACUCGCAACGACUCCUGAGGACUGUUCAAAUCCCCAUGGACUCCGACAUCACUGCAGCGGAACAGCUGUGGUGA